AUGACGCGCUGGGUGCCCACCAAGCGGGAGGAGAAAUACGGCGUGGGUGAGCGUUUUCUCUUUCUCCGUCCUCCUCCUCCUCGGGCUUUUCCCCUGGGCUCUUCCCGCUUGUUGCGCUUCUCCUUGCCGGGCGCUGCGAACUUCCCGGCCAAGUUUGGUAGUUCGGCUGGCGAGAAACUGCUGAGGCUCCGCUUGGCCUUCAAGAGCGGCAACAAAUAAAAGAACAGUACAAAAGCUGUCAUGGUCCUCCUCCUUGCCUAGCUGCCCCCCGCCACACACUGGUUUCCCUCGCCCGCCUUGGGUUCAUUGUCUCCGCGGGCUGCCCCGCAGAGUCUGGCAUUCUUGCCAUGAGCAACGUCGGAGGGGACAGAGCCGAUUCCUUGGAAGAAAGGCCUGCGCGGGGAAGGGUGGGGUGCGCACGGGCGGUCGCCUCUCUCUCUCUCUCAUCCACAUUGCAAGGCGCGUUUCCUCUUGAAGGAGCGGCUUGUGUUUUCCUGCCCCUUGGCUGCCUCCCGGGGACUCCCUCCCCCUCUCUCUCCCUCGCACCCGCCCUUUCUGGAGAGCUGAUCUCCGGGCAAAACUACUGUAUUGGGAUCCCUCGGUCCCGUUGUUGGCAAUUCCGCCCCUUUCUGCUUUUCUCCACCCCCUGUAAAGCCACGGUCUUUAUUUUGAUCCAGCGGCGUCUCUGUGCCCUUUCCCUAGUUUUAGGUUUGCCUCUCUUUUCUUUCCGAUGAAGCGGGUCGAGGUCUGUGCACCCCAUUCUCCGAAGCUUCCUGUCCCACUAACUUGCAAGAUUCUUUGUGCGUCUUUAAGAAGAGAGAGUGGGAACUUGAUGCUCAGUUGGCUUGUUUUAGCCCUGGCUCUCCCAGCCGACUCUUGUGCACUGCGCUGAACCUAGGGGAAUCCUUGUUUGCUGUUCCUAGGUAACCCAGCUGAAUCGACUGACACCCCCCCCCAAAAAAAACCCUACUUGUUGGACAUGUAGACAGCAUUUCAUCCUGUAUAGUCUGGCAGUGGAUGUAUCGAUUAGUAUUAAGUCUGUCACUAUAGAGUAAUGAAAUCUCAGUUGAUUCUAUCAAUUAAAUCUGCAUUUGAUUAAAAGAAUAGCUGUGAGUGACAAAAAGCAUUAUUUGUUUUUAAAUUAUACAUACAUGUGACACAGUUGGUGCUAUCUCAGAAGCGGCAUUCUCCUGUGUGAGAGCACACCACUUUCAUACAAACUUUUUUUGUGGGGGAGCAUUGCCUCUUCUUGCUCUACCCUAAAUCCAUUUCACCCCACCAACAAACAAACUUACUUUACCCUGGCAAGGGUCCUUGUGAUGUUCAUGCAUGUGAGUAACUGGAGGGUAAUGGCUGUGAGUGUGCACUAAAAAGCCCUCAGUUCAAAACUGAACCUUAGCCAAAAUUCUACUGGCUAAUCCACUAGUUACUUUAGGCAAACCAUGAUUAAAUCUUGAUGCUCAGAUUGCUGCUUUUGCACUCAAAUUGCCGGUCAGGAGAGGAGAAAUUACUUAAACCCCCCAUGUUGCUUUUUUCUCUGGACGGAAAUCGAUUAUGGACCCUGUAUAAUUUCUCCUGUUAGUGGGAAAGUGGCGGUGGGGGAUUUUGAAAAGCGAAAACAAUGAAUUUUAUUAUACUGUCGCAGACCUACUAAGGGAGGAUUUUGAGCGGAUGCAUGUCAGGAAACAAAAAGGUUAAGCACCCCCCUCUGUCCUGAUCACACUCUCAAAAGGUGGUAUUUGGGUUGUUUUUUUAAAGAAACAAACAUGGGAGACGGUACAUCAGGUUUGUAGCGUUCCUUUUCUCCCUUACAGGCUUGUUGGAGGGUUACGUGACAGAUAAUGCACAAGAAGUGCUGGAACACUCAAAAUGCUUAGAAUUAAUGUGUUGAAGAUGAUACUCAGUGUAUUGUGGAUGUUAAGUACACCUGGAGUUGACCGAGGUUUAAGUCUCCUUUCAUUAAAAAUACAUCUCUGUGAGGUCAGCUAAUGAAAUAACUUGUGUAGAAAUUCCCUGUGUGCCUGCUGUCUUUCUUUGAGUGGCUCCUGUGCAAUUAGGGGGCUAUUUGCAUGGCUCCUGAUUGUAGAAUCAUCAUCUGCCAGGAAGAGGGUCUGUCAGUUUUUCGUAUUUGUCCUCACUCAUGCAGGUGAGCCAUUUGAAAAGAUCCCAGGUGCAUAGGUUCUGCUGUGUACUUAGGGUAAUAUUUAAAGGCCCCUAUUGCUGGCUUGUGAACAGAGUAUUUUUGUUUAUGCACAAGCACAUGAGUAUCCUUGUAUCUUUUUUUUGUUCAGUCCCCUGGUUGGAAAUACAAAUUUCAAUAAGUAAUGCAAUAAAGGAGUUGUGUGAAGAGUGAUAUAUUGCUAUUUGGGAUGCAAUUUUGUAGAAGGAGAUUAGAUACCCUGCUGUGCUAUGGAUAGCUCUGUAAUUGAUGCUAUUGGAAAACGUUCUGCUCCUGUUUCUGGUUUUAGAUUUGCCUCCUUUGACCUGGCAGGUCUUCCAUAGCCUAUAUAUUAUCAUCUUGAUCUAUUGUAGAUCCUAAUUGUAGGGUUUUGACUUGAUAGGCUCUAAUUACAGGUAUCUUCAAGUCCUGUGCAUAAUGGGAUUUAGCUAAUCUAGAUGUGGUCCUUUCCAAGGUCUAUAGCCUGUGAUUGCUUUUAUGGUACAAUUUCUAUGGUACUAUUUAAACAUGUGUUAGGAAGAAUUUAAGAUAUAGUAAGGUAUGUCUUGACCCCGGCUUUAUUUUGUUACAUAAAUUCUCAAAACUUUUUUCAGCAAGCCUACUUAGCGUAUAAUUUAGUUAGUUAUACUGUAUUUUAUACUUUAGUUUUUAAAAGUUUUUUAUCUUAUAGAUAUUUUUUCUGAUUAAGUGGUCCAAAUAAGGUUACUUUCUGUACUCUUUACUUGUACAGACACUUAACAACUCUUGAAAGAGUAUUUCCUUUGUUGGUAUGGCUGGUAAGCUAUUAAUGAAUGGUCUGAUGUGAAAGACAAAAUCCUGAAAAAUGGCUUUGUUCCUUCAGUAUCAUUUAUACAGUAUAGUGAAAAAAAUAUUUACCAUAUGGGGGAGCGUUCACACAUUUUACCAUAUGAAAAAAAUGCCUUGCUCAUAAACUUUUCACAUUGCCAUUUUAAAAAUAAGUAUUUGGGUUAGUUAUAACUGUAAUUUAUAGACAGACUAGUCUUUUGCACUCUUGUAAGCAAUAACCCACUUCAGCAGAUUAAUAAAUGGUUGAUAUGAAUGAUAUUCCUUAUCAUUCAUCACUCAAUAAUUUGAUGGCACUGCAUGUUUUCUGUUUUGACUGCUCCACAAGAGAAGCUGUGUGCUAUCCUGUUACACUUUGAAUAGAAUAUGGGGGAAUAGAUGAUUUGGUGUCUUGCAUUCUGUAGCGAUGUUUUCUAGAAAUUCAUCUUAGCUUCUACUUGCGCACUGCAAAUACAAUUUGUUUGGUGCAGUUCACACUGAAAUAUGAAAACUGAAGGGACAAGAUUGCCCCACCAACCUUUACAACUCUCCUCCUAGAGCAAAUAUGUGCAAGACAGUGCAAAAAAAAAAAAAAGUUGCUUAUCCUUCCUUUAAGGCUACCUUGCACUAUUGCUUUGCUGUUCUUUCUGAAGCCAUGCUUUCCAAUGGGAUGUAUGGAGGUGGUUUAUAAUAGACAUUUUUUGGAAUGACAAGAAGAAAUUUUCAGAUAAGAAUCAAAUGUCCAGAGUGGAUCAGUUCAUCUAAAGAGUUGCUGAGAGUAGAAGAGGGAGAUUAUGAUACGUAUUGCCUGAAUAAAUAAAUAGUCUUGCUGGGCUCCAGAGCGAUUAGUUGAACUAUAAAGGGUUGCUCUAAAGAAUUGAAAUAAUAAAGUCUAACUUUAGGGGUGUCUGAAUUGCAGUCUGGAACGUUCAUCAGCAAUUGUGGACAGAUGGCAAAAAAUAAUAAUAAUGAUUCCUUCAGCAUGGUGGUGGUGGGGUUGCCUGGAAUGGAGUUGUUAAAGUAACCUGUACUUGACCACCUCUGCCAGCCUCCUCUAGUGGGGUAUCUGCAGUAUGCCUGAUCUGGGCCUCUUUGCUGUGUUGGCUUGGGAGCUGGUGCAGAGAAGGGUCCCCCACCUUCUUCCAUGCUGGAGCUGUGUAUGGGCUGCUGGCUGAGCUGCUCAGGGGUUGGGGUUGCACCCAAAACUUUGAAUGUUGUGAUAAAAAUACGGCUUGAAAAUGUAGAGUGCAGACUAAAUUAUCUGAAAGUGCCCAGCAUUCUUGGAAAUGCAAUACAGUACUGAGUGCAUUAGAGAAGAGAACAUUGUGGUUCUCAGCAAAACAGCAGUCACGACUCUUGGUUUUGGUGUUCUCUGUUGAAACUGCACAUAGGUGUACUACCUGUACUGCAAACAGCUAAGGGCUAAGUCGGUAAAGGCAAAUAUAUGUUGAUGCAUUUAUUCAAAUAUGUUUAACAGUAGAUGCAUUGGAAUAAAUACAUCAACAUAUAUUUGCCUUUACAGGCAGUGAGUGUUUGAGACCCCAAUUAUAGCUGAUGAGCAUAUUCAACAAAUGGCUUGUAGUGAAUAGCUGCAAGUGGCUAUUCACAAUAUACCAGUAAGUGGGCAAGUGCAUCCUGUUUUGGUCCUUGAUAGGUGUCAUAUUAUUAUAUGUAUGAAGCUUACGCAAGUGCAAUCAUCUGUCACUUGAGUGGCAUAAGUACUGCCUCUGCUUCCUACCCUAGGGCUGCAACAACAGCUGGUUCCAUGGUAGCCAUUGUGCUUUCAGAAUGUUACAUAGGUGUGUUGUUUCCUGUCUGGAACAUCUGAGACCCCCUCGUACGUGUAACAAACCGUUACUUGUUCAUAUGCCGUUCUGAGCUGAUGCAGUAAUGGCUGUGUCCCAUUGUCAACUGUUAUUUCUGGAAUUGGUCCAUCAGUAACUUUAACUGGAAGUCAUGGCAGCAGAAAAACUAGAGUCACACACAGCUGAACUUAGCGUUUCAAAUUGCAAGCCGCUGUUACAAAUGUGAUUGAUUUCUUCGUGGGCAGUGGCUUUGGCUGUAGCCUUAGUGUUGUAUCUGUGGUUGAAAGGCUUAUAUUUUUUGAAUUGGCAGAAGGAUAGCUCAGUUGGUUAGAGAGCAUGGUGUUGAUAACGCCAAGGUUGCAAGCUUGAGCCCCUUAUGGGGCAGCUGCAUAUUCCUGCGUUGCAGGUGGUGGGCAAAUGAUUUCUUCCAGGGUGGAAAGUGAUUCUGGCAUAACUUGUCAAUUUAGUUUGUUGGCAGUAUGUGGCAUUCUUUGCUUUCAAGCUUUGUAGCCAUUUUAGGCGUGCUUUAGUAAUCCAGUUGUCCUACACGCAUGUGUCCUUUUUGGUGUGCUUGUUUUUGUUCUCUGCUUGCUUCAAUAUGCAUAUGGGCCUGGAAAAUUUAAGGUGCUUGUUUUUUAUAGAUAUAUAAAUGUAAAUGAUUACCAGUUACAGUGGUACCUCAGGAUGUGAACAGGAUCCGUUCCGGAGCCCCGUUCGCAUCCUGAACAGAACGUAAGACACGUCUGUGCGUGCGCGGGUCGCGUUUCACUGCUUCUGUGCAUGCGCGAGCGGCAAAACCUGGAAGUAAUGUGCUCCGUUACUUCCGGGUCGCCGCGGAGCGCAACCCGAAAAUACUUCUCCUGAAGCAUAUUUAUCCCGAGGUAUGACUGUACUUAUUUGAGAGGAAGCAGGACAGGAGUAAUCUUUUCUUGAUCAUCAUAUAUUGAUAAGAGCAAUACCAGAUGAAGUACUUUAAGACAAAGACGUAUGUUACAUUUUGCAUAUGGUGGGAAUGGAUGUAACAAUUUUUCACUGCGUUCUGAGGCAUUUUUCAGGGUAGUUAACGUGGAUCUAAAUAAUUUCCAGCGCUUGGAAAAUGUCACAUCGGUCUUAACCCUAAACAGUUCUUUGAAGUAAAUGUCAUAGAGGUCAGACAUAAAGUAAUAUUGGAAUCUUAGUGGCAUCACUUACCCUGAAUAGGUUAUAAAUUUUAGGACAAAAAACUUGGGUUGUAUCAAUGCUGCAGCUCCACUGGUGAAGGGGACUUCUGUGCAUGCAACAUAAAUUGCUCCUUCUGUUCUGCUCCUCCAGACCCCCAUGGCUCCUCAAAAUCAGCUUUGGGGGGUUGGGAGUUUCUUUUUCUUUUUUUGGUGGUGGUGGGGGAGCACUAUAGAAAGAGAGGAAACAAAAGACCUGUUGUGCCAGCAGGGUGCCCACUGGCCCAGCAUUGGGUACAACCCCCUGUUUCUGAGAGUUGGGAAAUUUAGCUUUGGUAAACAAGAAUGAUUUGAUGUUUAAACCAGCUAAAUAUGGCCUGCUCCCUUGCUUUAAAAAAAAAGAAAAGAAAAGCUUGUUAAGUCUGCUGUAGUGUGUUUGUUCUUCAAUUUGCAAUAUGAUGAAAAAUUUGUUCGUUGUCCACUGAUCUCAAAAAAAGUUGCACGCAUAAUAGAAUAAUAUAACAGAAUAGCUGUGAAUGAUGAUUGUGCUCUACAAUAUGGCAUGUCUCUAAUGAAUAUCAAGGGUGUGAGAGUUGAAAAAAAGAUGUACAGUGGUACCUCGGGUUACAAACGCUUCAGGUUAUGCGUUUUCAGGUUACGGAUGCGCCGAAACACGGAAGUACUGGAAUGGGUUACUUCCAGGUUCUGGUAUUCGCGCAUGUGCAGAAGCACUAAACUGUGCUUUGCGCAGAAGCGCCAAAUUGCGUCAUGUGCGUGCACAGACACGACGCUGCGGGUUGCGAACGUGCCUCCCACACGGAUCACGUUCGCAACCAAAGGUUCCACUGUAUUGUGGCUAAGAGAGAAACUAAAUUUGAUGCUAAAUGGCACUAUCAUUUUCCUACAAUUCACAUUCUGAAAUCUGGUUCUGGGAACUGUACAGAGUAAAUACUUCUUUUAUUUUCUGCCUCACUGAUCAUCUCUCAAUAAUUUAGUAUAAGGAGUCAUCAAAUUUUAGGGCUAGUGGGCACACCUGGAAUUUUGAGAAAGUUGUAAGGAUGCUGGUUGCAAAAUGACUGCCAUGGUGUAUGUGGUAUAAUACAAAACCUCUUGGGUACCCUCUGGAAUACUAUGUGAUCUUUGGAUGAAGGGUGGAAUAUGAGUUUAAUAAAGAAACAAACAAAUUGCCUUAAACAGGGUCAGUUACUUGGCAUGUCGCAACAGCAGGAUGGUGACACAACCACAAUGACAUUUCUGUGCUUGGCGAGUGAGUCAGUCCUGGCAUGCUGUGUUUCUUUUGGGGACUGCUUGCAUUGUCAAAUUACACCAUGUAAUCAUGUGUGCAGGUCCACCAAUCGCACAGAGAACAGUUAGGUGGACUAGUUUGCAGACAUGGAUUCAGCCGCCCUUUCUGUGAUGACAACAGUGCUUCUUGCAGCUAAUGUUUUGAAGGGAAAAAAGUCUGUUUUUAAAUAAUUACACCCUUUAUGCCAUAUGUACCAGCCAGAGGUACUUGUUGCUGCUGUGGCAGAAUAAAUUAAUGCUUCUGUGCUGGCUGGAUAACCUGGAUCAUCUUGCCACAUCAGCACAAUACUAUUGGUUUUGAUUUUGCACCAGCAUAACAGGUUGUGAUUAUUUUAAAUCAGUCGAAAGCCACGGCUUAAAGUAAACCAAUCUGUAACCUCCCUCUCCUUAAUGCAUAUGCCACCCUUAAGCAGGGACAUCAGUUUGUGGCAGAACUGCAGAACUCUUUGAAUUUAUUCAUUGGUUUUGUAAUUUCCACUGCAGUCUUGGGAGUGCAGCAAAGAAUAGUCUUUCCUUUUGAGCUAUACACUCCUGUGCGUGACUGGCUUCCCUAAUCUCUCAUGUUCCAGAGACUUACUGGUUGUGAUAUACAUCUCAAUAACUUAUUCCCUGUAUCUGCACUGAAAGGUUGUGCUGUCAGUGUGAUACUGUAGUGGGGUAUAAAUGUCCCUGAAAAGCUGUUUCCCCUCUGCUAAACUAAUCUUGUGGCGUGCGAUUUAUAAAACCAUCCAGAAUAUCCAUUGCAUAUACUGAGGGAAAUUACCGCCUUGGAACAAAAGGCAUUGUAAUGAUGUUUAUAAAUAUUAUCACAGAAUGCAGUUGUGAGGGUGACUCAGCUUCAUAUCCUGAAGUACUUCAUACAGGAAUAAAGAUGGGCCAGAAAUGGUAGUGAUAGGGUGUGGAAAUGCAUUGUUUCUUAACAGGAUGAAUGUCAUCAGUAGAGUAUAUAAGAAACACACAUGUUUGGUUAUAUCCUUAUUAAGGCCUGUGAAACGACUUGUAGUUGUAUCCUUAUACUCUUGUUUUGUGAGACACGUUUUGAUUUCUUGCAAAACACAUUUUUGCUUAGCUGUGUAUGGGAGUACCACAGAAAUAUAGCAACUGUGGCAGGUAGUCAUCUAGGACACCUUUAAUUCUUCAAGCUGGCUAUUAAAUUGAAGGAAGUUCUCUGCUUUAAAAUAUGGGAGUUCGGUUCUCUGUGACACUUGGAUUUUAUGAUAUGCCUACUUCUUUUCUAGAGUUGGCUCUAACCCACUUUGGGAUUGCUGAUAAAUCAGCAGCAUUUGGGCUGGCCUUGGACAGAUAAAAGUUUCGGUUUUAUUUUUUUAAAACAAAUAUGGUAUAUUUAUUUUAGACUGUGUCUUUGAACAUCCGUCAAAUUUAUAAAAGAAAGCUGUUUUAAGUGACAGCUGGAAGGAGCUAGGGAUUUUGCAAGCAGGUAGUGUUACAUAAGUGCCGUUUUGUCAAAAAGAGUGGUUGCCCCAUUGUGAAUCGAAGGAAGGCAAGGCUGUGUGGCUAGAAAGCACUGCCCUCCAACACUAGGGCAGAAAAUGAAUGCAUAGUAGAAUACCUCGUGGCCACUUGUAAAUUUACUAAGAGUGCAUGUAACCACAUGGAAUAUUUGUCAUGUGGCAUCUGACCAUAUGAUUUUCAACAUUGUGAUAUGUUACCAGCUAAACAUCAUGAGAUACAGAUAUAUCACAAUGUCUGAAAUAAGGAUGUAAUGUAGUAGAGAUGAAGAGGGUAAAGUCUUGCAAACUGCUACAGCUUUUAGGGGUCUAAAACUGAUGCAUUUUUACUUACCUUUAACAUAUUGUUACAACUGUUAUUUUAUAGUACGGAGUGACAGGGGCACUGCAUGGCUUGCUUUUAUGUCACAGUAUAUGGUCACCUGAAUUUAUCAGGUAAGGCUUCCUGACUUUGCAGACAAGCUGACAGAAGUAUCAGGUGAUAUACACUUAAUGGCUAGGGUAGCAGUAAGUAAUAAGAAGAUUUCUGUAGAUUAUUGCUAUUUAUACAGCACCACCAAUGUGCAUGGAUAAUAAGAUAAGUCUCUAUCCUGUGGAACUGAGACUGUCAGAUGAAAAUCCUGUAUUUGCUCUGGUGUGUGGAAGGGGCGGGGCUGCGAGUUUAAUCACCCAUGUUUAAAAAGCCAAGCCCCCUGAACAUAGAAGUCUCUAAACACAUUAACAACAAUAACAGAACUUCAAUGCCUUUAAGAAUUUGGGAGACAGAAAUUGAACCAAAUCCAUCUUAGAUCUGUAAAAGUUGACAGUUCAGUACAGAAUGCUAACAGAUUGGAUUCUUUGCUAGCUAACCUCUGAUCAAUGACUGCUUUGUUUUACAGUCCCUUUGUAUAAUAAUUGACUACUUUGGUGAGUAGUGCUGUAGUUAAAAUUUGGCCCUCUAUAUCACUUCCGUCUAACUGCACAGGCUACAUACAGAUCAUUUUAGGUAUUGCGUGUUCAGACCCAGAAACCUCCCCCCUAAAUAAAUUCACACUUGACUCAAAUUUUUGGUUUGGUUUUUGGCAGAAUUUAGGCCACAACUUUAUUGAUUACAGAAAGUGACUGGUUGCAUAGACUCUGGUUCGACUAGCUCCCUGCCUUGCAGGUAGCGCUGACCCAGGGCACCAGCACAGGUCAGCCAAGGGUGAACACCUGGAUAAGCGGGAAGCCGGGAAUGGGCUAACUCCGCCUCCCAAAUGUCCCCCUGGACUCAGGCAUGGGCACAACCCCCUCACAGGGGUUGACAAAACCAUCGAGUCCCUGGAUUCCUUUAAUGGAAUACCCUUCACAUAGGGAUGGUGACAGCGUUCUCCCAUCCCUAUCACCUGAACCAGAGCCUAUCCGCAACCUUACAAGUUGUGAUGAUUUGCUACGCGGUAGGCGAAACCCAAAUGGCAACAGCCAAUCAGCCAAGUGGGGAAAAAUCCUGCCAUGCCCCUGUCCCAACGACAGAUGACACACGACGGCAUAGGAAGGUCAAGCGCAACAAGCCCUAAAAGUAGGGAGAGGUGGGCGGGUGUUCCGAUGCACAAGCCGAAAGAGGAAGCUCUGGGCCACGUGCCUGGGCAUAAAUAGGUCCCUCGAACCAUUUGGACUGCGUCCCAUUGGCCAGAUUCCCCCCGCUUCGAGGGACCUACCAAUUGGGUGUUGUGGCUGACCAAAUGUACCCACCCACAACACAGGGUGUUGUUUGUCCUGGUCUCACCGCAAUAUGUGCCCUCUUUAUGGGAGGACCCGAUUUGUGAUACAGAGACUAUUGAAAGAGUCAUGGAGCUGGGAGAGGGAGUAAGGGAGGAAAUGACAAGAGAGAAACAGUAUUAUCUUUUGCUCAGUGGACAUGAUACUAAUAUACUUUGCAGUGGACUAGGUAGUUGACAUCCAUCCCGAUAACUUAUGCUCAGUUUGCCAUUUUAGAUAGAGGCUGCACAUGCAGUGUUUGGGGAUUUGUUUAUGUUGCCAGCUCCGAUUAUUUUAUUUUAAUUAUUUUACAUUUUAUACCACACCUCCUAAGAGAAGCUUAAAUUGGUUCGUAAUAAAUAUAUAAAAAAUAUAAUAAGAUGCAUAUGAAUUGCAGACAUUUCAUUUUUGGAACCAGUUAAUUAAAUAGUGGCAUCAAAUUCAGAUAUAAUCUGAUCCUCCUUCGGGGAAAAAGUUCAUAUAUCGGGUGCCACUAUUGGGUUGAGGGAAUCGGGGCUAUUUCUGGGAACACAUGCUUCAAAUGAUAGUGACACCAGGAGCCUGCCAUGGGACCAAAUGCAACUCCCCUCUUCACCACCCCUCUUGACCACCUUUUCCCUGGGAGCACAUUCACUCUUGCUCCCCCAGUUCUGUGCUUUGUCAUUUAACUGCUUUUAAAUAUAUCAGCACCAAAGUUAACAGUGUGUUAAGAUUAGCCAGCAUUUGAAAUAUGAGUUUAACGUUAGUUUUUGGGUCUGGAUUAGAAAAGAAUCCUGCUAAAGGAAGGCGAGAGAAAUUUAUUUCUGAGUAGGGACAGGACAGCCUCUGUGCUGGCUAAAGGUAUCCUGAUCUACUUAAUUUCUAGAUGAUGAUGUUUAAGUGUCAUUUUGUAUCGUGAAUAGUGUCUAAGUGUUGUUUUUAUCUAUUUAUCAUGUGUUUUGGCACUUCUCUUUUGGUGGUUUCCUCGAAUAUUUAGCUCAGCUAAUGAGUUGUUGGGAAUUCUUGGGUUCUUUCAUGAUAUACGGUAUACGUAGCAAACUCUGAUUUCUGCUUCUGGUGCACUGUGAUUUGGAUUCCUUGUGUACUUUUGCAGUAGGUUGAUUACUGUAUCCCCCUCCCCCUUACAAUUAUGGCCUUGAUUUGGACCCCUUGAGGCCAUUCCAGUUCUUCUACUUCCAUAUAACAAAACAUUGGUCUGUCUUGAAUGAUCAAAUGCCCAACCUUCCUUGCUUAGCCUGCAAGAUAAAAUUAAAAUGUACCUGGCAGCCUGGCUUCAUAAAAAAUGAAAAUAACAUUUUAAAUGAAGAGGAUUGGCUGAUUCAUGAGUUGCAUUCUGUAUUCUCUUAGUGAUGAAAGUGGGAAAUUCCUGUUGUAACACAGUGAUACAUUUUGAAUAUACCUUAAGGACAAUGGCUUAUGAUUCACCAUAGCCAAGGUUGUUAAUUAUGCAUGCCCACCUCUUCAUUCAGGCCAUAAACUCUGCCUGUCUCGGAAAGGAUUAAACCUACAGUUUUAAAAACAGGGUUAUGCAAUGCUUUAAAAUCUGUGUUCAGUUUACAUUAGUUUUCACAUUAAUGUUUUCUUCAUAAUUGUGUUGUGUAUGCGUAUAUGUGCUUGGACAUUUUAAGAUACCAUUCCGUUAAGGAAUGUCUGGUAUUCAGCUAGUGGACAGCUACCUAGAAGUAAACAGUAUAAUCCUUGUAAAACAUUUAGUGCACUUUGGGGGCAUAAAAAUUGUUACGGCAGUAAGAUAGGAUCAGGAUUCUUGCUAUACCUUUUUCCUCACUGAGAUAUUUGCUUAUAGUACGCUCACGUGAAACAACAACAAAGUGGUCUUUCGUCAUGGAUGGCAACUAUUCCUUAAUUGUGCAUGAUAUUUUCAGUUGGUUUCUGUUUUGUGGGAGGAAAAAUCAACCGAGUUUUGAUUAUCUGUAAGCUUUACUUGAACACAGAACUGAUGGGUUGGUAAACUUUUUACUUCAUAAGGGCAAUACUUCCCUCUUCUUUCCCUUCCAGCAACUGUUAUUCAUAGUUAUUAUGCGGCCUCUGCUGUUUAACUCUCAUAGCCUAAUAGCUGUUGAUAGACUUACUGUAAUGAGCAUGUAAGCCAGUGAUCUUGGCUGCAUCUUAUUACAGUACGUUUUGUAAUUUAAUUAUGUACUGGGUGCUUUUUUGUGCUUUCCUGUUUUUUGUUUUUUUAAUCAGCAGCCCAUCAAUUUCACUGUGCUGCCUUGAGUUCUAGUACUAAGCCUCUUGGGCUUGCUGAUUGGAAGGUCGGGAGUUUGAAUCCGCGUUACAGGUGAGCUCCCAUUCCUGUCCCAGUUUCUGCCAACCUAGCAGUUCGAAAGCAUACCAGUUCAAGUAGGUAGAUAGGUACUGCUGUAGCGGGAAGGUAAAUGGCGUUUCUGUGCUCUCUGGCUUCCGGCUCAGUCAUGACCCAGAAAGCUGUCUGUGGACAAACGCCGGUUCCCUUGGCCUAAAGCAAGAUGAGCACCACAUCCCAAAGUCACCUUUGACUGGACUUAACUGUCCAGGGGUCCUUUACCUUUAUUUACCUACCAAGGGACCAAGAGAGAGACACAGACAGAGAGAACACAGUCCAAAUCUGUCUCUUCCUUUGCUCUGCUCUUGGUGUCCAAUCCUAGUUGUUCGUUCUUUUCCUCUUCUCUGAGUCUUCUGGCCUAUAAGAAUAUGGCAGUGAGGGGAGUAGAUAUCCUGGAGGGCAUUCUGGAAGUUCUGAUUAUGGUUGGUUUAGGCCGGACUGCUGCUGUUAAAACUGUCUACAGCGCUAAGCACUAUUUACUUAAGCUGUAAUGGCGAAAGGAUAAAACCACCCUAAAGUGGAGUGAUUUUCCCCAGUAGGUUAAUGGAGCUCAAAUUAGUAGGAUUAUUGGGGGACGGGGUGGAGUUGGCAACAAGGUUGCUAUGCCCACAAUAGCAUGGGGCCCUCCAUAUGUGCAACCUGGGGCAAUUGCCUGAAAGAGAGCCCACCUCUACCAUGUUCAUUCCUGUAGCCAUCUUUUUUUGUUACCCAAAGACCCCCAAAUCCUUUAGGGAGGGCACUUUACCCUUUUGACUGCUGCUACACAUUGAUUUGAUUUUUUUUAAAUUGAGCUAUCCUAUACAAAUUUGGAGUGGAGUCCCUAAGGUGAUUGGAUGGUGCCUUGUAUCAUAGCUGUCAACCGUCCCUUAUUUGGUGGGAAAGUCCCUUAUCCCAGCACCGUGUCCCGCUGCUAUCCCUUAUUGAUAAUGUCCCUUAAAUCUCCUGGGUUUCAAAGGAAGCAGCUCCUCUCCCUCCCUCCCUGCCGGCCAGGGAUGAGGGAGGCUCCAACUGUGUUGCUUGGCUGCGUUGCUCACCCAAUAAGGAGUCUAAGAACAACUGGGGGGUGGAGCUUGCAUGCUUUGUGCCGAUCAAAUCGGCCGCGUUGCCUGGGGACUCGCCUUUUCUCAGCGCUUCCCAGCGGAGAGGUGAUGGUGGUUUUCCUUGCUGCAUCCCCUUUGCCGGGUUGCUGCACUGUGGGAACCACCGCUUGAGGCUUUGUUUGGCUGCUGGUUGACUAAAAUCCCUUAUUUUGGCUGCUGAUCCCUUAUUUCCGAGGCUGCUGGUCCCUUAUUUUCAAAUCUGUAAGUUGACAGCUAUGCCUUGUAUGCCUCAUUCCGGCAACUCAUGCAGCCAAGCUAGUGCCAAAUGUAUUGCUUUCCUUUCCUUUGGAUUACAUCAGUGAGGCCGAGGAGUAUGUGUGUCUUGUCACCUGGGCAGUGUAGGACCCCCAUGCACACCGCCCAGGCUUGUGCCGUGUGGAGGUCACUUUGAUGCUGCCAAUGCAGCUGUUUGACUUCACCCUCGGAGGCGCAUUCCAUUGUCUCUUGAGGCAGGCGGAUGCCCACAACAAACAAUUCAUGCCAAUCCCAGAAUCUUUCUACUGGAUAGUCACAGCCAGUUCUGAUUGCAUCAGAAUACAUCUCUGAUCAUGCUCAAAACAUAGCUGUGAGUAAACAUAUUUGUUUUGGGCCUUGAUUUUUAUAUUUGACAGAACCAAGUGCUUAAUAGAAUUUAAAUAUUCAUUUGAAUAUCCAGGUAGAUAAAUGUACUAGGUGCUACUUAUUGCCAGCUUUAUGGCAGAGCUGCAUUUUAGCUGAGGGUGGGUUUUUUCUUCUUUUUGAGCAAUGUUUAGUGAUUGCCACAAUUAGUGUUUCAAGACAAAAUGCACCAUAAUGCAGUUUAUGGGUCUUCUUACUGUUGCAGUUGCGUACAACUUGAACAUUUUUAAACUGCGCAAAUAUUGCAAACCUUGCUCCAAGCCCUUUAUCACUUUGGUUGCCCAUUUCUGUGCCCUUACCAGCUCUGAAAUAUCCAUGUUGAACCAUGGACACAUAACCACAUGGCUCAGAAUUUAGUUGUGUCUUGUAAUUGACUCAGUUUUGCUCAUAGUUAUUCAUGAGGCUCUAAAAAAAAAGUAAUCUAAAUAGAAGCCCAAAGAUUGGAAUGGAAGAAAUUUUAUUGAGCAGAACUCAGCCUUCUUCUUCUUCUUUCGUUGUGUUUGAAAUUAUUAAAAGUAAUAGGAAAUGUGGGUAUAUGGGAUACCUAUCUGCUUUGCAGGAAUUGGGGCACCUGCUUCCAAGCUGCUUCUUAUUCUGGAGAAGUAGGGCAGGUAAUAAAAAUAAAUCAGGUUAAUGGGUAAGUCAUAACUAAAAUAUAAAUCCUCAGGACAAGCAAUCUUCUGGCUACAGCAAGGGUAACCAUAAUAUCAACACUGGAGCAUUAAGAGCAUACUCUUACUAGAAUGACGGCACAAAAGAUAGAGAGAGCAGCACAAUAAAUAUGUGACAGCCUGCCUCUGAUUUAUCUGGAAGUCUUCAAACACAACCGCAAUGUGGUAUCUGGGCAUGGGUAGGAGUGGAGGAUUUUUCAGAACUUUUUUUGGUGUGCUGGAAUUCUUAUUAUUAAUUAUUAAUUUUGUUGGUUGCUUUAUUUUGCCCAAGUCCAACCCCAAGCAAUUUACAACCAACCAAGUAAACAAAUACAUAUGGCAUUGAAGGAAACUUAAUGCAUUCUUCCAUUUAAUGCAUUCUUCCAUUUAAUGGCAUUCUUCCAUUAAAUCACACUGAUCAUGUUAAUGCUGUGUGUCAUUUCCAUGGUUUGGGUAUUAGAUUUCUUGCUUUCUACUGUGGAAGUUUCGAUCUCAGAACAGGUUAACGUGUUUGCAAUCCUCCAGAGGUCUUGUCAUAAGCAGUUACCAACUUGUAAAUAACAUUUUUGAAGUUGCUAGCAGAAAAAUACAGAGGUACCUAUUGGUAGGACGAGCCAAUUCUGCUGCUAUGCAGUAGAAGCAAGGCUCCACCUCUUCCUUGAACUCUCUAGCAAAGAGAGGUGGAUAUUUCUUUUACACUUGGGACAGUUUCUUAUCUAUCAGCAUCUCUGUGCAAGUGAUAGGAAACUCACCUUCUCUUCCAAGCCUUCUGUGCUUGUCAGAGAGCUUGUGGGAGAGGCAGAGACUUGUGUCACUUGUGGAAUGCAAAACAGCAGCCCUUUUUAUUUAUUAUUAUUAUUAUCUUACUCAUAACGUGUUGGGUUGAAAUCACGACAGACGAGUGGCAGGUGUCAUAUGAGAGGCGUCUGCCGGGGCGAGCCCCGGGAACUCUCUUUUAUUGAAUAUUACAAACAUUGCCACAGGUGUGCUUGUGGCUGAUUGGUUGAUACAAACACAAAGCAUCUUGUUGCUGAUUGGUUAACAUAGGUACAAGGCGGGAAUUACAUAUAACCAUUUAUCACUGAUAGAUCAAAGGCUGAGAAACGGAGCUGGAACUAGACAGGCAUGAAACCUCCUAAUUAAAUUAUAACUAAAGAUUGAUAUUGAAAGAACAUAACAUGAAAGAAUACAACAAUCACGUUCCGUAGAUAUGGUCAGCAAUGCAUUAAGAACAGGUCAGGAUACACUGUUUCAUGAACUCAAUGGGAACUGUUCAGAACAUUCUCAGACUCAUGUGCAGAAGCAGAGAAAAGAUUAUGAGCGAGACUUCCCAGAAUGCAAGAGAAAAGAAGCAAUAGUUCUCAUAGCAAGACUUCCCACAAUGCCACAGUUAUGUGCAGUAAGAGAACUGCAGAAAGAGAACUUCCCUUUAAUAACGCAACCUGCCUCUUUUGGAAACCCACUGUGCAUGCCACAACACUUGCGUGGAAAGGGGAGGAACUGGCAGUGAGGCUUGACUAGUCACUUACCGGUAAACUGAUGUAUUUGACUUCUGGGUAGCACUUCGCAGAAAAGGUCCCUUCAAUUUUGUCCCACUUCAGGCUUGAAAAUAGGCCCUUUUCUGUUCACCUGUUGCAAUAAUUUCUUCAUCCACACUUCUCUUUCUCCCGAGGAAAAACUCGGUUUAGUGCUGAAUUGGGACAAUCAGCAACCCGGUUUUCCACAUACUGCCAUUUGUUCCAAUUCAGCACUAAAGAGUGGGUUUUCCCAGGGGGAAGUGAAACACAGGCAGAAUUGCUCAGACUCAAGCCCAAACAUGUAUUUGUUUGGUUAGUUGCUUGUACAUUGCUUGGGGUUAGCUUUGGGCAAAAUAAAGCAACCAACAAAAUUAAUAAUAGUAAUAAUUCCAGCACACCAAAAAAAGGUCUGAAAAAUCCUCCACCCCAUCCAUCCCCAGAUACCACAUUGCGGUUGUGUUUGAGGACUUCCAGAUAAGUUAAGAGGCAGGAUGCCACAUAUUUAUUGUGAUGCUCACUCUUAACUUUUGUGUCGUCAUUCCAGUAAGAGUAUGCGCUUAAUGCUCCAGUGUUGAUAUUACGGUUAUCCUUGCUGUAGCCAGAAGAUUGCUUGUCCUGAGGAUUUAUAUUUUAGUUAUGACUUACCCAUUAACUUGAUUUAUUUUUAUUACCUGCCCUACUUCUGCACCCACAGCAUGGGGCAAGCAGAAAACCACUAGGCUCCAUGCUUUCUAGUCAUGAGACAAGCAUAAGUGUGGAUGAGCCCCUUAGUUUAAUGACAUGCCACAAAUGAUUACUACAAUCAUGUGUAGCUCUCAAUAUUUUUGUGGGUAGGAACAUUUGAUCUCCUGAUAAGGAUAUGAGUAACAAUGAGUAAUUGGACAUUUUAAGGUGAUUGUUUAGGGAGGAGCAAUCUGUACAAUGUUCUUUUUGCCUUUGGAAGAUUUCCUUAUUGCUAUGUGUUGGAUGGAGGAAAUGUUUCUUCCAUUGCCACCAAUUACGAGCAUGUGGAUAAUGACUCCAGUUGCUAUUGGAAUUGUGCCAAGAACAACUCUACUAUAAUUUCACCACUAUUUACUUUCAAUCCAAACGGGGCUGUUUUGUUCUUGUGGAUAUAGUGCAUUUCAUUGAGUUUGUCAUGAAAUGUAAAUAACACAGCAUGUAUAAUGAGUGCAGGGAUUUUUGCAUCAGCGGUUGGUUUUUUUGUUGUUGGCCUAUCAACUUCAAAUGUAUCUCGUAAGCUUUUAAUUCUUCAUAUAAUUCUGUAUGUUUUUAUAGUAUUCCUUCCAUUUUCAUUGAUAGCUUUAGAAACAUACUGAAGUGAUAGAUUUGCUCUGUCUUUUCUUUGAUAUGCUGCCGAAUCUGGGAAAGCAUGGAAACAUAGUAAAUGGCAAUUAACGCAAUGACUGGUGAAUAUUUUUGGAUUUACUUCUGGUUAAAGUUCCUGGAUUUGCUAUAUAUUCUUGUGGAAAAAGUUAAGCAAUGUUGUGUUUAGCAUGCAAGCAGAGAUUCUGUAUGAGAGCAUUGUGUAUUGUUUUUCAAAAAGGCCACAAUAUAUAACUUUUUACAUUAAAACUGAAUAUGGUAACACUAAUACAUGGAGGAAAGGUUACGGUGGAACAAUAGAGAAAAAUGUUGUUCAGUAGGAACUUUUUAUUUGUCAUUAAACUAUAAAAAAUUCCGAGCAUGAGUUUUUGACAGAGAAAACAAUGCGUUCAAGUAACAUUAUUGAUCUGAUUUGAAAUGCAAUUAUUGAUACAUUUUCAAAUUUGAUGUGACUUGAAAGAGGGUCAGUAACUAUGCCAGGCAGAAAUUAUAUAGUUAGCUUAAUUGCAAUGACUUUCUUGAAUUAAAGGCCGGGUCUUUGUGACUAGCAAGCACUUUCCAUACUAAACACUGAUGGAAUCCCAGUGUACAUACUGAAUGCUGGAGAAUUCAUUCGUUAUUUCAGAUCCUCCAGAGCGAGUAUAUACUGCUAAUAUUUUUAUGGACCACUCAGUUAUUGUGGUUUGUUUGAACUAUGAUCGUUACAGCUGGGAUAUAUUUUUCUCCAUGCAGUUUGUCUCACUCGAACAGGAUAUAUGCCAAGAAUAAAAAUGUUUUGAUAUUUGCAUAAGCUAGGAUAUAAAAUUUUAAUGUUAAUUAGCAUUGGUUUGAAUUCUUCUCUGAGACAAAUUGCAGCAUUCUUUCCUUCAAAUAGUGCUAAGCAGGUGAAUACAAAUUGAUGAUUAAAAAUCCCACGAGUUUUAAUCAGAUCUUUAAUUUUUAAAAUUUGUUUUAUUGUCACUUAAACUUGUUUUUGAAUGAAAUUUGAAUUGAAUUAGCACAAGAAUUUAGCUCUUAAAACUCAAUUUAUGGGUUUUAUUAAACACAAUGAAUUAUUUCCUGCUUCUACGCAUAAUAGUAAAAAAGGGGAAUGUUUGACUUGAAAUCAAGCAUUUAUAUAGGAUGUAAUAGAUCAUGUAUUAAACUAUACUGUUUUACAAAUUUUGAAUAUUUAUGAGUUGUAUGAAUUAAAAGCCAUGCUGUGGGUUAAACCACAGAGCCUAGGACUUACCGAUCAGAAGGUCGGCGGUUCGAAUCCCCGUGAUGGGGUGAGCUCCCAUUGCUCGGUCCCAGCUCCUGCCAACCUAGAAGUUCGAAAGCAGGUCAAAGUGCAAGUAGAUAAAUAGGUACCACUCCGGCGGAAAGGUAAAUGGCGUUUCCAUGCGCUGCUCUGGUUCACCAGAAGUGGCUUAGUCAUGCUGGCCACAUGACCUGGAAGCUGUACGCCAGCUCCCUUGGCCAAUAAAGCGAGAUGAGCUCCGCAACCCCAGAGUCGGCCACGACUGAACCUAAUAGUCAGGGGUCCCUUUACCUUUACCUUUAUGCUUAGGAACAUAGGAAGCUGCCUGAUACUGAGUCCAUAUAGCUCAGUAUUCUCUACACCGGCUCGCAGUGGCUCUCUAGGGGAUCAAGUGGGGACAUUUCUAGUGUACUGGGAGAUGCAACACAUCGAACAUGGAACCUUCUGCAUGCAAAGCAGAUGUUCUACCAGUGAGCUAUGGCUCUUUGCCAGUUUGCUUUGCAUUUCAGAGAAACGUUUUUGGCAAGUCAUUCUUAUGUCACAGCCCUGCAUAUCUUUAUCUGCACUGGAUACUGUGAUGUACUUAAAAGUCACCCACGUCCUCAACUAAGUACAGACAGCCAAACAGAAAUCCAUUAAAUUGUUCCUCUCCCAUGCAUCAAAGGGACACAUGAAGAGGGUUGUGGCAGUUGUCAGCAAGCACUGUGCCUAGCAAUUGCAUCGACUGAUUUCACCAGGAUGCUUCAUCAUGUGUAGCAUCUCUGCGUAUAGCUGUUAGUAUGUGUGUAGAAUCCCUUCUCAUGUGCACUAAAUGUAUGUGGAUGGCAAGGCAUGUGGUUACUGGACAUGCUAAUGCAUGAUCCCAUGACCUGUCACAAUCCUUGCAUGGUUGGUAGCAGUGGUUCUAUUCCUGUAUCCUAGUGGUUACAUGUUUGCUUGUAUCCCACCUGUAUCCUAGUGGUUGUUGAAUCAGGAGGUUCAUUUUUGAAAGCCUUGUUUAUAUCACCUUGAGAAAGAGAAGGUAAGAGAAGAGAAGAGAACAUCAGAAAUCAGAUGAAAUAGGAAGGGCUAGAAAUAUGCAAACUACUCCUCCAAUAGACUUUGAAACAGGAAAUGUGGCUAAAACAGUGGACCAAAUGGGAGGAGCUGAUGCUCAAGUGUUUAGAACUUAAAAUAGACAGUGCAUUACGGAAGACUGUGGCUUUCAAAUGUCUCCUAGAUAGAAAUGAAUGUUCAGUGUUUGUGAAAUGAGUUAAACUCAGCUGUUCCAGGUAACAGCCCUACCACACUUCAGUAAGAUAAAAUGUAGUUGCUGUCCUGCACUGCGGAAUGCACACAUGUGAUAUUGCCACAUCUGCUUUUGCACCCUGAUGCAUGGGCAGUAAACUGCUUCAUGUGCAGCUUCCCCUAGAACAAGCGCCCAUCCUAGUCACAGUAAUGCAGACAAUUCUGCUAUCUCAGAACUUUACCACCUUAAUUCUGCGGUGCGCUUGACUAGGCUUUGUUCCAUGCGAGGUGUAAAUUUUCUGUGAGAAUAAGCAUAUUUUUUUUGCAAGCUGCAUACUCUCUUUGAAGGGGAAAAAAGACUUAUUUUGAAUAUAGACUUUACUCAGUGUUUUAGUAAGGCAAGCAGCAAGGGGGAAAUUGCUAGUAAAGUUUUCAGAGGGAUAAUUAUCCCAUUAGUCUGCUGUAGCAAAAAUAAUAAAGUCUUGUGGCACAUGAAGGUCAACACAUUAUUUUGAUCUAAACAUUCAUAGAAUUUUGUCUUUAUUCACCACUCACUUGUCCACUUGAACUGGGAGAAGAGUUGCAUGGGAGAAGAGUUUUUGUUGCCUUUGUGCGCUCUGUGACUCCUAACACUCUUGAUAGCCUGCAAGUCUCCUGUUAACUGACUCCUAAAUUGUCCCUUGUGAAGUGCUGUGAUGUUACUCCCUUCUGCUAUAUUAGGCAGCAUAUCUUGGUCAAGUUACCUUACAUUAGAAUGCUUUGACAGUUUUCUGUACUAGUCAGAGAGGGGUUCAGUGUGGUAUAGCUGCAAUUCCCUUUUCAAAAGCCAGUGGUAUCACUGUAUCAGGCUUAAGGGAGCUACACUGAUUCCUUGGGUUGUAUUGAUGCCUUUCCCAUUAAUGUGAACAGAAUGUAAAUGAACAGAACGGUUGCUAGUUUUUUGUCUGCUUGUUCAGUCUCUGUUUGAGCUGGCUGUUUACUUACUUAGCUUUGCUACUUGAUUUAUGAAGAGGCAGUGGUAUCCUGGCGAUUAAAAUUUUGAAUAGGUUUGUGUUUACUGCAUAAUUUUUGACAUACCGGGUCAACAUUCCAUCACCGCUUGGCUUCAUAAACCACAAGCAAUUACACUGUAUGUCCUCUUAUUUGCCAGCUGGUAAUUUAGGAUGGUGUUUGGUUCAUAUCUUCUUGGUUGUGGAAAUUGCCGUUACUUCAGAGGGGAGUAUAGCUUGGAUUUUUCAAGAAUUUCUGCUUGCUUGUAUCACUCUAUUUAAGUGCCUGUAAAUUACAGGUGAUCAAUUGUAUGACCUUUAGGGGGAAAUUCAAUCUGUUCCCCCGCCCUGUCCUUUGGGAUGGCAAGCAGCAACAUCUCUAUUUCCCCCCCUGUACACAGUUGCUUUAAGGUUGAUACAGCUACACUAAAGGCUUUUCAGUGUCUUUAUUUCACUGUGGAUUCAUUAAAAUUCUGGUUUGACAUAUGGGGAACUGAGAUAACAAAAAGCCCAAGGCCACCCAGUGAUUUCUAAGGUUUCCAGCCAAACAUUCCAUCAACCGGGUGAUAACUAGCUCUGGUUACAAAAGUAGGCAUGUGUGAGAGAUCCUCUCAUCUGUUUGUAUAGUUCUUCACGAGACUCAUUUACAAUCCAGGUUGGCUUUUGUAGCCUUGACCUGGCACACUGAUUAAUACGGGCAAUGAUAGACAGCUAAUGAGACUUAAACCUCCUCUUCCAGAAAAGUCAUGUGCACCAAGUUUAUAGGGGAUUUUGGGGUAUCAUGUACAGUGGGAUGAUACAUGGUCACCCUUGCGCAUGCAUGCAUAGCCUUAUUGUCUCUACCAGUGUCAUGCAACUGUCCUUGGCCAAAGGGCAGGCAAGCUGUGCCAGUAGUGAUGGCUGGCGGUGCGGCAGCACUGAGAUGAUUAAUUCCUGGCUCCAGCUCACAGGCACCAGCUUGUGUCCUUGUCAUGUAGGGGAACAUGAUCAGCAGAGUGCUGGGGCAUUCUAGAAAGCAUUCAGGUACUUUGGGAUUUUAAAAAAUGGAAUAUAGGAAUUUAGAAAUAGAGGCAUUUGUGGAGUAGGUGGCAAAAAUAUGAGGUGUCCACUGUGGUUGGGUCAGUUAUGUGUUUUUGGCUAUGCAUGCCUUUUAAGGUAAAACAGAGUGGCUGGCUGGUUGUCUCUUACUCAACUAAAGUAAAAUAUUAUUCCCUAUAUAUUAGGAAAAGGGCUAGGGUUGUUGCACUUGGUUCUCCUACUUUGCCAUAUUUAUAUGUUACCUUUCAAAAUCACGUUUGUGUCCUGCCUUUUCUAUAGGAAAAUCAAAGUUGAUGGUUUCAUACUCAGGAGCUUUCUGCCUUUUUAGAGUUGACGUUGAAUCAGGGGUUUGAAUUUCUACUCCCAUUGCAGGGGGUUGGACUAGAGGACCCUCGGAAUCCCUUCCAACUCUACAGUUCUAUGAUGAAUUCAUAGUCCCUGUACUUGAUUCUGUUGCAAAAAUCUCAAUAACCAGAAAGGAGAACAGGACUGUAAUAGAGUGUUGGGGAGUUGGGGUUAAAUUGUAGGAAAUGCUUGUGUAAGUUCGGCCACUGUUCUUCCUCUUCUUGCUUUUGGGAGGGGAUAACAAUUCCGGUUGACAUUUGUUUCACCCUGCAAAAUAUCCUGAAAUAAUUGUUUGAGUAAUACCCAGCUUCCAGCCUUCAGCUGGAACUAGCUACCCGACCAUGCCUUCUGAGGUCCAUGCUGCUCCUCUGCCUGGAUGGACCUUUUUUGUUUUAAUUGCUUCCUUGAGUAAUUAUUUUGCUGUGUGUGUGUGAGGGGGCGGGGUGAGGGAGAGAAUGCCUGUUAUAACAGCAAGAGCACAUACAGGUUUGUAAGCCUUGAGGAGUAGAAAUAGCCAUUAUAUUCUCCCCCUCAUUGCUGUAGAGAGCUUUUCUGUCAAUUUACAGAAGAAGUGGGUGUUCACUUGUGGGUACAUAUUGGAGCUGGCAGAAUGGUGUCUUGGUGCCCCAGCCACAAACCUCAACUUCUCUGCAUAUGUUGUUGCAGAGGUUAGUUUUGGGGAGAUAUUUUUUGGAUAAGGUGUCAUUCCAGUGGCAAAGCUGGGGCAAGCCAAAAGCCACCCUAGUAAUCCCCUAGGCCAACAGGUUAACAAGGGAGAUAAGCAUUCUCUGAAGGGCCAACUCAAUAUUACUUUAAUUAUUAUUCUUUAAAAUACAGCUGCAAAGAGAACUGUGAGUCAGAUGGUUGCUAAGGAUAGUUUCCAGUUCUUCAGAUCAAGCGACUGAAUUUUUGCUUUGCCAAAUGCCUGCAAGAUUUGAAAGGAGUGAAGGGAAAGAAAAAAAAGUUUAUACUCUCUUAGAUAUGAUUCUGUUUUCUUUGAAUAGCACUCAUCAAAGGGAGGGAAAGAUGGAGAACUGAUUUUGGGGGAAAAGGCAUUAAGGUUUUCCGUUUUGGCACCUCUGUGGGCUUCUUGUUUCUUUCGUUUUGAUGGUGAUUUAGCAUUUGAAUUUGAGUUGUAAAAAAAUCUCUUAGGCUAACAGGCCAUUACUCAUUGCACUUGCCUUAAUCAAAACACCACUGAUGUCUGGAGUGAUUCUUUUGAUGUCAUUCUGUUUACUACACUUCUUGAGGUAGGAACUAUCCUUUUCUUGAAGGUUCACACGAAGAUUUCAGAGUGCAACUGUAAUGUAGAUAAUGAAAAAUUAUUAUGCCACAAUCAUUGAGACAUUCAAUCUGCAUCUUAAUUAAGUUGGAAUGAGGCCAAUUUAGUUCCAUUGACUUCAUGCGGUUUGAAGGUAUUGAAAUCAAUGAUGCAAAUGCUGAGUGCGUAAUGUUUGCAUAAAGUGAGCGUGUCCUACAACCCAGUGAAGCCAGGGUGCUUAGAUUUUAAGCCUAUUUAAUGCUAUUUAAAUCUAAGUGCUUCCGUUUAACAGGGUUUUGAAUUAUGCUACCUGUAUGCCCACAAUCUGUAGCUACAUUUUGAUACGUAAGCUAAGAAUGUUCGGUUCCUUAUUGGAAGAAAUCUGUAAAUUGGGCUUGAAAGCCUCAGGCUGGUAGGUUUGGUCAGACUCCAUGAACUUCACUAUCUGGCCCCUUGAAAGUCAAAAGCAUCUCCAAUGAUGUUGUCCCACCUUGCUUAUGAUGUGGAUCAAAUUUUCCUCUAGAGCCUACAUAAACUUCAGAUGUUUUCAAGGGAGUUGGGCAAAGCUUGAUUUAAAGAGGCUUUGUGUCACAGGUGGUGCAAGGAUGAAGAACUACAAAAGGGGAGAAGCAUUUCCCCUCCUCUCUACUAUUAGAAGUACUGUAGUAAUUUCCACCCUGGAGUUGUUUCACACAUUUCCUAAUUGAAUGCUUUGCUUCUUUGUGGGAUGGAGGGGUAUGAGCUAGUCUGCAUAUGCAAUACUAGGUAUAGGGCUUCCUGUGCAUAUAUCUAUUUGCAGUUUAGUGUAGCCUUUCAAUCAAGUAAGCUUCCUGUUUCUGUAGACAGGUGACCACUUAAAUGAACGAAGCUGUCCUGAAUCAGACCAGAGGUCCACUUAAUCAGCAAGCAGAUGCUUCCUGGAAAGCCAUAGGCAUAAAGACAGUGGUCCUCUCCCACUGCUGCUUUGUCUGGAGAUAAAGAAACAGUGAUCUCAAACUCUUGAGCAGGGCUCCAGGAUUUGGAGCUUGUUUCCUAAGUGAAAAUCAUAUACCUAAACCAACAGUGUGCCACUGCAGGAUUCCCAGUGUAGGUUUACACCUUGUGGAGCGAUCUAGGUCAUUUGGUAGUGCCUUGCCCCACUAUACCUAUAUUGCAAACACAUUUAAAAAUAUUUCAAAGUUCUACACAUUACAUUCCUUACUCCACUUCGCUGUACCUGCUGCUAAAACAGUGUAGGAACUAGGUCCUAGCUUCCAUGGUUGCUGAAUAGCCACAACAUUUUCUUUCUCCAGACUCUUUUAUUUUUCUAACUCUUAAAUACUUGUGUGAAACCAGAGGCAAUUGAGCACUAGAAGGAAGGUGAGAGACCUUCAUGUUAAAUGGCGAUUUAACAUUAAUCACUCUAGCAUACAAACAUGCUGAUAUAUAUGCACUGAAAAGCAAAGUGCAUUUCAGAAUACAGAAGCCUUGCAUUAUCAACAGCGUAACGUCUGUUUUGCCUUUGCCUCUGGCUUCAUUAAUAGUCUUGGAAGACUGUGAACUGAAGAUGAAGAAUGAAUUCAGUGGCUCUUCACAAAUUAGGUGCAUGAAGUGUAUCAAGCAAGUAUUAUAGGUUAUAUAUACUCAUGGGAACUCUCCUCCCACCCCCCAGGUAUAUGUAGAAUCAUUACUGCUUGGGAAGGGGGGGACAUCAUUUGCAACUGCUUAUUCACAUUUCUAUUGGAAGUACCUACCUUUCUUCUUCAAGUGUAUUCAGUGUUCUUCCCCAUACCUAGCAUGCAGUGUUAGACAUUCCCCAGGUGCCAGGUGCAUUUUGCGACUGGUGCAGGUCCAGUUGAGGCCAACUGAAGAUGUCUUUUUGCCAUGUUUGGCGACUGACGUCUCCACCAUUUGUCUGGUGCGCAACAGAAUUUUGUGCUGCUGCACGUUCCCCCCACCCCCAGUGCCCCGCCAUCUAUUGCAUGCCCGCUGGCAAGCCAAUCUGUGGAGAUGUCUUGAUGCUAUUCUAGAUUGUUUUAUUUGAUGUUUUAGUGUGUUGUAAACCGCUUUGAGAUUUUUUUCUUUUAACAUAUAAGGCGGCAUAGAAAUGAAAUUGAUGAUGAUGAUAAAUUGCACUGCCAAAAAAGAAAGAAAGGCGACCAGUCAGUCGGUUGUGGUGACCAUAACCUAGGUUUUAGGUGCCAUUCGGCAAUUAUAUAUGCAGCUGGCAUGGCGAUUUGGAGUCAUGGAGAGGGUAUUUGUGUUUUACAAUAUUCACACACAACCAGAUAAAUAGCAAAAGCAAUUUUACAAAAGGGAUGUCGUUACCAAAAGCAAAUUCUCACCCGCUCAUUUUAUUGCAGUAAAAGGCAGUGGAAUCUAUAUGUUUUAAGUGCGCUAAUUUUACCCAGUACUUCUGUGGGUGUUAAUCUGCUCCUUACCAAGUUAUUGAGAGCAUACUGGGGCCUUGUAAAGAGAUUCUCUCCCGCCCCUGCUUACAGCCAUGGCUCUGUUGUAGCGCACUUUUGGAAAUGACAGUUCUUUCCUCAACCCUCUCUGACUAGAAAGCGCUUUGAGAGCAUCGCUGUGUGCUUCCCUAAGCAAGUAAGUUCUCUUCUGGCAGCAUCCUUUGUUGUUAAAUGCCUAGGGCACACCUAUGCUGUGCCUACAGCAUCUCUCCCCCCCCUCUGCCCCAACCAUCCCAGCUCUAAUACUGGAGUUGACAAGUAUUGGAGGGAGGAUCAAAUGCUUCUCUCUGCCAGCUUGCUUGCUGGCAACUGCUGCUUACUCCAAGCAAGGAAGUGAAUGAUGAGCAGUUCUGCUAGCAGAGGGGCAGGCAGAAGUUAGGCUUGGAUCUGCUAGUAGAUCAAUAUAUGAUGUGCAGUAAGUUGACAAGGGGCUUCCAAUUCCAGUUGUCUAAGAGUAGCAGCAACAACCCCCGACUCCUUUUAGGGGAAAUAAUUUAUUGUUUCUGUUUUGUUUCCCUGAUCUCUGGUAAAUGAGAUGUAGAUUUGUACUUGUUUAUGCAGCUCAUUUGGGUAUGUGGCACAGAAAGCAGUAGAUAAAACCGCAAUGUUGCACCUGGCUCUGGUUGGCAGACUUCAGGUUCUACUAAAAAAAAGUGAAUCCUUCAAGGCUGAAGUCUCCCUGGUUCUUCACUAGCAUAGAGAACAGGGCAUGUCGCACAGGUGCGACUGGAAUGUCCUCAGCUGAGACUGCCCGAAUAUUUGCUCCAUUCUGGAACUUUCUGGCCAACAGACAAAGUCAGCAGGUGUUAGAGCAGCGUGGAGUCCAGGAAAUGAGAGGGCCGCAAAGAGACAAGAGUAUAAGCAAGCUCAAUAUUAUCUGAAAGGAAAUAUUCUUUAAAUAUCACCUCAAUUGCAAGUAAUCUAAACCUGCAAUAAGCUGUAUGGAACGACAGGAGCAAAGUGCUUGCUGAGCAGAUAGCUCAAGCUGACUUAGGCAAAUCUCCAGGUCUGUUUGUUAUUGGAGUGGAAGAGGAGAAAUGCUAGAUUCAGCUCUUUAGUUUCUUUGGCAGCAGAGCACAACUCCAAAGCACUGUGUGGACCAUUUUACACAAUUGCCAGUAGUCCCCACCCCUUCCCAACGUGUGUCAGCCUGACUCAGAAAAAUGUUACUGAGCAUCCUUUUGGACACACUAGGGUCCUCCUUCCCCACCCCAGUUAGCUGAAUUCUGCUGGCAAUCCACUUCCUUGGUGCUGUCAUGCUGCAAAGAGAGAAAUGGAAAAUCUCUUUCUUUUACCUUUCCCAUCUAACAUGCUGCUUAGCAGUGCACCAGACCAGGUGGAAGCACCCAUUGGAAAUGUAGUUUUCUCCAAGGUUAGCUACAGUAUUAGUGGCCCUUGGAAAAGUUCCCCUGGGAUACUUUGGGUUUAUGGCCAGAUGCAUUGCUGUGCAACUCGCCAGAGAGGGGAUAGGCAAUCUUCCCCAACUUCUUGACUUCCCUCACCCACAGCCAACUGGAGCUUCUAGCUGGAGCCCUGCUGGAUCAUGCCAAAGGCUUAUCUAGGCUAGCAUUCUUCGCUCCCUAUGGCUAACCAGAUGCCGCUCUUAAGUGGGGCUUGGGUGCAAUAGCCUUUUCCUACUCUGGAUUCCUAGCAGCUGAUAUUCGGUGUGCUGAGAGAUACACAGCCACUGAUACUGAAAUAUUCAUUUUUUCUUGUGCUUGAAGAUGAAGUAUCGUAUAGUUUGUUUUUAACUAGGUGAAUACUUGCACCUAAAGCACAAGCUGGCUGCUGUGUAUGCAAAACUUACAAAAUAUUACUACACAGUGGAGUUGCAGAUACCACAACUUGUAAUGGUCUUGGGAAACGCUUUUAGAAAGGGAACCAGUUCUCAGGCCCCACUGCUUGUGUGGUACCUUUGGGUGAUCAGUCUGCAGUACAGAUGUUAGGGAAAUGCUGUUUUACAGUCUUCUCACAGCUGAUAGCAAAUGUUUGGUGGAAGGAAAAGUUGGAAAAGUGAAAGCAAAGACUGAGGCUUUUUUUGUAGUGGGAAUGCAUUUUCACCAAUUGCUUUAAAAAAAAAAAACUACUGAAGAAGGAAAAAAAAGCUCAUGAAAUGAUAGUCUCCUUUCCUGUCUCCUUGAUAGUAGUACAGGGCACUCAAAUGUAUCUGCAGCAUCUCUGCUUACAUAAAAAAUAGGGUAUUGUGUGGAGGCACCUCCAGCAGCUACCUUGCUAAAUCGAAGCAGGUCUUGGAUAUUUUCAGUUCCUAGACAGCUAAUUGCCUGGGAACCACAUGCCUUCUGCCUUGAGUUUCAUGAUGGGAUAAAGUAUAUAAAUGUAAGAAAAUAAGUUAAAAUAAAAUAAAUAGCACAGACCAUAUCCCUGCCCAAUUAGUAAUCUUCGUUUUUCCCCCAGACCCAUGGCUGCCUGGUAGCCCAAAUGUACAUUUGUGGAAUUGCCUCUUAAUUUUUCACUAUGAAUUUUUGUUGUGGCGAGUGAUGCUGCUGAUGUGACCCAUUUUAGCUCAGGCAUUUGCUGUUUUUCUUUUUUACUCCAGUCUCAACAACGUUGAGUCCUUCAUUUCAGAGUAGCCUCAUGUUGGAAAAUGGGGCUGGGGAAGAUUUCUUCCAAAAUGGUUUUAGUUAACUGUGUUGCAUUGCAUAUUUUAGCUACUGUGAGUAAGAUCCUGUGAAAUUAAGCACUGCCGGUAUUUGAUUAUGUGUUCAACUUUCUGCAUUUGAAACCAGUAGGGCUUCAAAGUGCAGAAGGUUGGCUGGGUGUGUAUUUGCUUUAUGGGGAAGGAAGAUCAUGAAAGAUGUAUUCAGUGAGUGGUCAACCAUCAAUCAUGACUUCCUUGUCAGUUUCCUCCAAAAUGGGAAUUGUAUCUAUGGCAAAAGAAGUCCCUUUAAAUGGAUAACACACUGGAUGUGAAAAGAGCUGGUUGCUAUAGAGCAACUGUGCUCUGAAGCUCUGAUUAAGGCGUACAGUAGCUCUUUGUUAGAGCUAGUUGCCAAGCCAAGCCAAUUCUUCUGCUGUUGAGAAAGCAGGCUGAGUCAUGUGACUUCUUAUUGAUUUUGAGUGAACAAUUUUCCACUUUUUUGUUUUGUUUUUGCAGGGGGGGAAAAAUCCCACCUUGGUUUUUCCCUCUCCUUUAAUGCUUUACUGACAACAUCUGUUGUUCAAAUGUCUUCUUACAUUUCUAGGGGUUAAAUGCUAUCUCGCAAGCGAGCAAUAUAAUUCCUUAUUCUGCAGCUGGCUGAGAAAAUGUUGGUGGCAGAAACUGCAGCUGUUUGCAGAAAGUUUCUCUCUGACAAUUGGCUUAAAUGAAAGGGAGAGCCUUGGGGGAAUUGCUGGAGCAGACUUUUGCUCCACAGUGGUUGUUACAAGCCUCCAGGUCUUGGGGAACUUUAAGGAUAGAUAAAAGUUAGAACACCCUCCUUUCUUCUUCUCCUUCACAAAGCAAGACCCUGGGUUGAACUUGUCAGUGUAGAAGAGAUGUUCACACAUAGGAGGAGUGCAUUUUUAUUUUUUCUUUAUUUUUUACUUUCCAGAGACUUCCAUUUUGCUUUGUUGCAUAAGUUCUGUUUGGUACUGAAUGUUUUGCUGAGACUGAGGUUUAGGUAAGUGGGUAUUGUACUUUGGUACGGUACAACUUUGACUGUGGUGAACUGUUGGUGGGCAAUAGUCAAUAAUAUAGCUUAGCUCGUUGAGUUCACUACCACAGUGCUAGAGAUAUGAUGAGCUCAUGACAAAACCGUGUCUUCUGCAAUGGUUGGGGUGAAGAGAUGCUUGUACAGCAGGAGACUUGGUGCACUGGACACUUUCUAUUUUCUAAAGACGAACUUAUUGGGACUUAGCACAACUAUAGUUAUGGUAACUGAUUCCAGGGAUGCAACGCACUUUCUUGAACAGGAAGCAUCUCUUUGUUUAGAACCUAGAAGUAUUUAAUAGUAUUUAGCAAUUACAUUCUGCCGUGUGUGUGUGGAUGUGCUUAAAGGGGGGGGGGAUAGGCCUUUCUCUUGUUUUAAUUUCUAUCUCUGCAAAAGGUCAUUUAAAUUCACCAUGUACACUUUAAUUAUUUAGACAGAGGUCCUUAAAGACUGAAUGGUAUGAAUUUGGAAAAAAAACCAAAACCACUGUAAAUUACUCAGACCACAUGAUAGAGUAAGAGUGGUAAUUUUGGUUAAAAGUGCCAGAGUAAGACCUGGGAGACUCAGGUUCAAAUCCCCACUUGACCCCACUGACCUUGGGCGACUCACUGUCUCUCUGCCCAACCUACUUAACAGGGUUGUUGGGAAGAUGGAAUGGGAGAACCAUGUACGCAAUCUUGAGCUCCAUGAAGGAAUGGUAGAAUAUAAAUGCAAUAAUAUACAAUUUGCAUGUCAUGCAGAAGUAUAGAAUUUUGGAGCUUGUAGGGAUCUUGGGAGUUUAUCUAGGUCACCCUUUUGCUCAGUGCAGGAAUCUUCUAAGCUCUACUUCCAGGGAAGAAGAACCCAACAUCUUCCAAUACUGUCUGUUUGGCUGUCAGGCACCUUGUACUUUAGGAAGUUUCUGUCAGCUUUUAACCAAAAUCUGCUUCUUUACAAUUUCCAUCCAUUCAUUCCAGCUCUGCCCUCUCAAGCAGAGAAUAAGCCUGCUCCUUCUUUUGUGCAGUGGCCCUUCCGGUAUUUGAAGACAGCGAUCUGAGGACCACCCCACUCCUUAGUUUUCAUCAAUAUUUUUAUUUUAUUUAUCUGUUAGUACUGGCCUUUUGAGCCUGACUGCUUUUAACAUAAUUUGGAAGCACCCCAUUUCAAUUCCCCCAAAACCCAUUAUUUUUUGCAUUAUUUGUUAUACCCAUUUGUCACGGUACAGGUGAUGUCUAGAAAGCAGAAACCAGUGGGCAUGAAGAGAAAUUAUGCGAAUUCAACUUAGCUAACAUACUAGAUGUUCUGUAUAAAGGAAAAUUACAAAUAACCCAGUUUCUCUCAUUCAUAUAUAUAUAUAUAUUACAUUCAUGCUUUUAUUGUGGUGGCUAUGACUCAAAGCAUAUCUAGCUUGACAUUGACCUAUCCACUUUCACUGAUUUCAGGCAUCAUUGACUACUGUUGAAUCCAAUUCUAGUGGUCACACAAGUGCAAACCCAUUUAGAGUGUCAAUUUGGCAGUGAGUGGCUGAGAUAAGCCUUUAGCAAGGUGUAUUGAUUUCUUGUUCCGAUCUUGUCACCUGUGUCUUGCACCUGCUGUGUUGUCAACACCAUUCAGUUUUUAAAGUUUGUGCCUGAAAGAGCUGGGCUGCUUGCUGCUCCUGUUUGUGUUGUUCGGAAUGUCAUUCUAUGGACAGUUCCUUUGGCAGUGCACCCGCCACUGGUCUUGGACCUGUGGAACAGGACACCCUCCGAAUAAAGGAAGUUGGUGGCCUUUUUAUAAAUUCAUUCAGGCUUGUAGCCAUUCUUUUUGCUACCCUUAUGAAAUUGUGUGGAACAGGAUUUGAUUACAUGCUGUACUAGAGAUAAGAUCUUGCUAUGGUUACUGUCCUGUGCUGCGUGUGUAUUGGAUUAAUGUGAUUAUUGAAAAAAACGAGUCCUUUUCUUUGGAAAAAACAACAACUAAUUCUAUGUUGUGUUUAGACCACCUCAAACAAAGACUGAACAUAUCAGUUCAACUUUUAAAGAUUCAUAAGGAGGAUGCUUGCUUUUUGUUUGUUCAUAUUAUUUAAUGGAUUUAUAAUCCACCUUUCAACUUUUAAAGAAAUAAUUACGAUUUAAUCUCUGUUUGUUUUAAGACAUCGCACUGUACGGCAUGCAGUAAAUUGCUUCACAAGUUUGCAGUGACAUCGUAUCUUCUUAAUCAGGGGCAAUAUUGUGCUGAAUUUUCAUGUAUUGGGAGAUGCCUGUUUGUGUGUGAAAGCUUCUUGUUCUUUCAUUUCAUUUGUAAGCCCCAUGGCUUAUCUCUACUAGAUUGUUAAAAUAAGCAGGACCACAAAGAAAGCAUAAUGAGCUGGAGGAGGCACAACUUGGAGUGAUGUGAUAAAUACUCAAUUCCCAUAGCUUCUGUAGCACAGAAUGACAUUCAGGCAUGUGAAAAGAUUUCUAAAAAUGGUGAGGAGCGAUUUGAACACAACAUGUUGUUUUAUAAUUUCAGCAGAAAGCUAGAGGCUUGUUAACUGUUGUUCACUGUGGUUUUAGAACCUAUAUGUGGAUCACUAUUACCAGUAGAAAUAUUGCUCAACUUUGGAAAUGCUUUCGUUUCAUUAAGAUCUUGGGUACUGCUCUGAUCUUUCAGGGGUGAAUGUUGGAAUAUCAGGGAGAAUCUUGUCUCUUGUCUAGGACAAACAAACUGAUGCCUUAUAUUUCCUCUUGGUCUUCAUUUGUGGACAGAGUAUGGUAUGUUUACGUUAACUCCCAAAAGGGAAGGGACAAAUUAACAAGACAAAUGAGUUCAGUUAACUUGAUAAGCCCAAGAGAGCUAGUGUAGCAUAGUGUAAGCAAUGAUCUUAGUCCCAUACUUGGUUCACCCAUUAACCAUUAUCUCUUUAAUCCGAAGAACUAUACGUCAUUCAAUCUAGCAUCCAUACCAAUACCAGAAAGGGUAUUAAUGGAGCAAAUAUGUCUGGCUGCUUUCACGCUUCACAUAAUGGAAAUGCAUUUGAACCGCUGUCUUAUUAUUUGUGCUAUGAAUGAUUGCAAUAGACUACAGAAGAAGAAAAAACUAGGCGUAUACCGUAGUUUUCCAGACUUUUCAUGUUGGUGACACACUUUCUAGACAUGCAUCAUGUUGUGACACAGUAAUUCAGUUUUACUAGCAAAGCGGAGGUUAAACUAACCCCUUUCCAGCUCCGGAAGGAGUGUGGGGAUCGUUCGUGCGACAUACCUACACACUACAGCCAACAAACUAACGUGUCACGACACACAGUUUGGAAAGCUCUGCUGUAUACAUAAGAUGCUUGAGUGAAAGGGUGGGUGGGUGGGGGGAGAGAAAGACUGCAGCUGUGACAUACCUAGAUUCCAGUAUCACAUUGUUUCACAUGACUUACUCAUAAACAAGUUAAAGAAAUGUGAAGUGCCAGAAGACACCUUUGUCACUGGCAUAUGAGUCUCCAAAGAGUUCCUACAUUGUGAUUUUAAACACCAACCAACUUGGGGGUCCUCUUUAGGCUUGCUAUCCUAUGUUGGGUCCCUCAGGGACUAUUUGCUAGCAUUCCAUCUCUGGCACAGAGGCUAUUACUAGUGCUUCCUGGAUGUGAUUUAAGAUUGUAGGAUAGGUUAAAAAUGGGAGUAAAUGGGAGGUUAACUGAAGGAUUGCCAAUUCCAGUUGGAACUGCCAGAACGUUAGGAUCUUCCUCUGGAUUUCCUUGCCUUUAAGGUGAGGCACGUCACUAGUAAUAAGUAGAUAGGAUCUUUUAAACUGUGGCUACCUGGCUCUAGGAUGCUGCCCCCAAAUCUUUUUGGAGUCUGUUUAAGACAUUUUCAUUUGCCUAGGCUUUUUAUAUCUCCUGCUUUGUUCUUGAUCUCUGCUUGUUUUAAUAUUGAACAUGCUAAAGUUGUGAUGUUCUUAUUUUUUUAUGUUUUCCAUGUUGUUGGUUUUUCUUUUAAAAAAACCCCCAACACUUCGCAAUCUGGGAGCCUCUUUGGAGACUGGAGUGGGGUACAAAAUACUCAAAAGAAAUUCAACAAAUAUUUCUGCUGUAAAACAACCUUAUGAUUAUGAUUAUUAAAAAUAUCAAAUCAGACUCACCUCUUGAUGCAGCUUUCUGUGCAAGGCCCCCCCACAAUGGUAUUUGGUGUAGGCUUUUGCAUGUGGUUCUUCACAGUGUACUUUAGAUUACAUGGGGUUUGUACCUUUAUUAUAAAUCAGCACUGCUCUUAUAAAUGGUUGCAGUUGCAGUUGCAAUUUCCCUUCCCAAAGAGAAUUAGAUUUUCUGCUUUAUUCUCUCUUUUGGGACUGCUUCAAGUAAAAAAAACAAAAAACACUUUGCUGAGCUUUGUAUGUUCCCAGUCAUAUCUCUCACAAGUUGGCUUUAAAAAAGACUUUUAAUUAAAAUCCCAUUGCAGAGUUCCUUAGAUCAAUGUUCCUAAUUCAUCAAGAGUUCAGCACGGAUAGUGACUGACAGCUCUGAUCUGAUUGCUGUUUGGUUUAUUGUAUUUAAGGAGUUGUCUGUCAGAAGAGCAAAGUGCUGUAAUGAGUGUCUGCAUCAAACUGCCAUGAACUUACUAGCAUUCUUUCUCAUAGUUUUGUAGAUUGAGUGUUGAAUCAGAAUUGGGGACAGUUACAUGUGGGCUUGUGAGUGCUAGUACAGUGGUACCUCGGGUUACAUACGCUUCAGGUUACAUACGCUUCAGGUUACACACUCCACUAACCCAGAAAUAGUGCUUCAGGUUAAGAACUUUGCUUCAGGAUAAGAACAGAAAUCGGGCUCCGGUGGCACAGCGGCAGCAGGAGGCCCCAUUAGCUAAAGUGGUGCUUCAGGUUAAGAACAGUUUCAGGUUAAGUACGGACCUCCGGAACGAAUUAAGUACUUAACCCGAGGUACCACUGUAUUGUGCUCUGCAGCAGUGCUUCUCAAACUAUCUGAUGUUGUGGGCUGGCAAUUCCUCCCCCUGCCCCAUGUGCCAGGGACUGGUACCGUGUUGGGUCCCUCAAGCAUCCCACCCAACCUGGGUUGUGGUGGAGUCACUGUGAACUGGCAGCUCAUUGGCUAUCGCUGGUUUCCGGGCCGACACUUUGAGUAGCGCUGUUCUGCAGGCCAGUGCAAUUUGCUUCUGCUCUGCUGCCUUUAUUAUAUGUUACUUAGUAGUGGGCUGUGAUUUGGAAAUGAAAGGCUUGUGGGCAACUCCAUAUAUUUAUAUCACAUGAGUUUAUUUUUGGAUAAAUUGGUGGUACCAAACCUGUGGACUUAGAAGCAAAGUUUAUGUAUGGACUAUAAAUACAUCUGAAUUCCCUCUUCCAUUGGUCCUUUGUUGUUGUAUCUAUGGCUAAGAGUAGAGAGAACCAAAGCUACAUUCCUGGGCAUGCUUUGUUGGGAGAAAGCCCACUGAAAGUGAGACUUGCUUCUGAUGAGUAGACAAGUUUAGGAUUGCCCUGUAAGUCGCUUUUAUACAGUAGUAUGGUAACAAAUGUUUAAAAAACACAGAUGGCCUGUCAUUUCAUUUAAAAAAACCUAGUGAAAAACAGUCUAUAAUUUUUAAACAUAAAUAAAAUAAGCAGUCAGCAGAGAGAGGCUGUAUUAAUCUCCCCUUUCAAGUGCUUUGUCAAAUAAAUUUGGCCAAAGGUUGGUCUGUAUUGUGCCUCCAAGCACAGAAUUUCUUAACUGUGUUAGAUCAGGGUUUCCCAAACCUGGGUCUCAAGCAGCUUUUGGACUGCAAUUCCCAUCAUCCUUGACCACUGGUCCAGCUAUCUAGGGAUGAUAGAAGCUGUAGUCCAAAAACUGCUGGAGACCCAAGUAUGGGAAACCUUAAAGGUAAAGGGACCCCUGACCAUUAGGUCCAGUCGUGGCCGACUCUGGGGCUGCGGUGCUCAUCUCGCUUUAUUGGCCGAAGGAGCCGGCGUACAGCUUCCAGGUCAUGUGGCCAGCACGACUAACCCGCUUCUGGCGAACCAGAGCAGUGCACGGAAACGCCGUUUACCUUCCCGCUGGAGCGGUACCUAUUUAUCUACUUGCACUUUGAUGUGCUUUCGAACUGCUAGGUUGGCAGGAGCAGGGACCGAGCAACGGGAGCUCACCCCAACGCGGGGAUUCGAACUGCCGACCUUCUGAUCGGCAAGUCCUAGGCUCUGUGGUUUAACCCACAGCGCCACCCGCGUCCCAUGGGAAACCUUGGGUUAGGUUAUAUCCAGUGCUCUUGUUUUCUUCUUCCAGAAGUGACAGAACACUUACUUUUAUUUUUGUGUUUUAGAAUAACUGCUGAAGAGCCAUUACAGUAUGGUGUUUUUUUCUUUGAAUGCUGUAUUUUAAUAUUAGGUUUCUUUAUUUCCAAUGGGAGAAAAAGAUAUUGUCUUUAAUAGUAAAAAUAAUUACCGUACUUCUAAUGAUUAUAAUUGCAGCAGAAGUACAAUGUGCAUAUGUAAACUAUGUGCAAAGUUUACAUGGUUUGUAUCAGUGGUGGCUAACCUGUGACCCCCCCCCCCCGAUGAUGUGGGACUACAGCUCCCAUCAGCCUGUAGCAUUGGCCAUUCUAGCUGGGGCUGAUGGGAGUUGAACAACAUCUGGAGGGUCAUAGGUUAAAGAUCCUUGGUUUACAAUAUGAAUUGCUGAAGUAUAUGGGAAAAUAAGUACCAGUGGGGCUUACUACAUUUGUAUAGAAUUGCAUGGUAGAUCAGUUAGCAGUUUUAUUUUUAUGAUGGUUCUAUAGCAGCAUUGAAAUCUCCCACCCCACAGUUUCCCAGCUCCUCUAAUAUAGUGCUGAUGUCUCCUAUUUCCCCCUUCUCUUCUCCAGCACACAAACUUUUAGGCUGUUUCUUGCAAAUAUCUGUGUUCUGAAAUUUGCAGUAAAGUGUGUGUAAACAAGGAAGUGAGUCAGUUGAAAAAUGCAUCUGUAGCAAUUUGUGUGUCUCCUAUACAUGUCCCAAGAAGAGUGGGUGUUAUUUUCUUUUUUCUUAAAGAAAGAUAGUGCCAUUUCAAAUGUUAAUUUAGAGCUGUGUUGGCAAGGCCACACUUCUCAUGAAAUUCUGUGAGAUUAUAAGAGAACGAAAGAGAACGACUAGAAGAAAAUGCUGAUGUAGCUAUAUAUAUAUAUAUAUAUAUAUAUAUAUAUAUAUAUAUAUAUAUAAAACCAAAACACUGUUAACGAUAUGAAGAUGAAUGCUGUCAAAAGCUGUCCAUUAUAUGGUUUUAAAUCUACUGGGUAUUUUGGUCUUUCCUUUUCGAAGAGCAGACUCAUGCAUCUUGUUUGUUCUUUAAUUUCUCUUUGGAUAUUCUAUUUAAUAAAUAAACUUGAAUCUGUUUAAUUGGGCGGAACAACUGUUUAUUAUUGGUUCUGUCUUGCGUAGCAAGCCAGUAUGAACUGAUGCUUGAUGUCAGUAUUCUACAUCUCAAUGUAAACUACCAGAUUGAGACUUAAUAGACAGAAGACAGAAGUGUUUCUGUUCAACAGGGCUGCUGAUCCUUAGAUUAGGUUGGAUCCCUCUUUUGGAUGGACUUACAUUCCUUCUGAAUUUAUUAGGUUCAUAGCUUUUGAGUGCUCCUGGAUUUUGUUCUACUCUUAAGCAGUCAGGAUGUGAUAGCUGUGGCUAGGCAUGCUCCAAUAUUAUUUUACUUAUGGCCCACUGAGUACAAAUAAAAAGUAGCAGAAUAUAGAAUGCAUAACAAGGUGGAAAGAGAAAUGGCGAAACAAUCAUUGGUUAUUUAAGGAAAAUAGCAACAUUUAGAAAUCUUGUAGCUUGCCGAGUAAGAUAAAAUGAGCAACAGAGAAAUGCUCUUGCACAGCUUAGGUUGACACACCAACUGCACCUGUUCCCGAGGAAGUGUGUGUGGACAAAAAGAAAACUGUUUUAGGUUUUUAAAAACUCCCAUUUUCUCCUCUUUGCACCCUGUCUGCUCCAUUCACGCCCUUGCUAGGGCACGUAUCAAAUCUUACAACCAUUUUGACUGAGUUUCUGUGCUGCUUUCCAUUGAAGUGUAUCCCAAAGUGGUUUACAAAACAAUAAAUAACAGUAAUAAAUGUGACAAUAGAACAUCACACUUGCAGAUAAGAAUAUCACAAUUAUAAUGCAUUGGCCAUUAAGAGUUGUAUAAUAUUGAGAAAUGCACAAUAAAACAAUUAUAAGUAAUUAUAAUAUUAAAAACGGCAGCUCAUAUAUGAUCCUGCAUAUCCACUCACGUUUGUCAGAAGCUCUGGCCUGCAUCUCAUUGCCAUCAGUGCUGUGGUUAGUGGAAGAGAACCUUCUCUUCUAUGGUGUUGAGCUUCUGGAACUUCCUUUCAGAUCAGUCCUUUAAUUAAAGACAUUAGGCACAGGACAGAUGUUCUUGUUUUGGAGUACUUGUGACGACCGGCUCUUAAAUACUUCCAUUCUUUUCCUUGCUCAAUGCUUGUUGACAAUUUAAACUUACGAUGCUAUGUAACUUGUUUUUCAUAUUUAACAUUUUGUAUGGUGGUUUUAAUUUUUGUUGGUCUUUGUCACCUUGAGCAUCAUGAUACAAGUUGGAGAAGUAAGAUACACAUUUAAAAAAAAUGUAAAUAAUGAAUAAAUAAUACAGGACCGGUUUAUACAUUUAGCAUUCCUUCUUUCUGUAUGAUCCUGUGUUCCGUCGCAAAGUUUCAGAGCGUAGGACAAAUACAUAGAAUGAGCCUCUCUUGGAGAAACAUGUGGGAGAAGAUGCUGCUUAUUCAAUCCAUAAUUGCUUUGUGAUCAUUUUUUUUUAAUGAAAAGUGGUGAUACCUGCAGUUACACUGGUUAAAUUCCAGGGGGGCUUCUUAUACACAGAUAGUGGUUUCAGCUAUGCCAACAAAAUAAUACUGAACUGUUACUUUUUAAAAAAAUUUCUAAUUAGCUGGUGGGUUUCUUUUGGCAGCAUUUUUGAUGCUAAAAACUUGAUUUUUCCCUCCCUCUAGCAUUCUACAACUAUGAUGCCAGGGGCCCAGACGAGCUGUCUUUACAAAUAGGAGACACCGUCCACAUAUUGGAGACACAUGAAGGCAAGUGGAACAAAUGUUUCUUCCGUAACCAUUCUUCUUCCCGUCAUGACUGUCAGCGUUUGGGUUUUAUGUGCCUGCCUGUUUUAGCAGAUGAGUUCUAUUUUGAAACCUAAUGAAAUAUUGAAGUAUUUAAAUGGCCAAAGAAUUAACAGUUACUGCACAUUAAACGAGCAGGCUUGUGAUAGCUGAAGAAUAACCUUUCUAAGAUGCAAAUUUUUCUUUUUCCCUCCCUCCCCCUCAACCCCCCCCCCCAAAGAUUGAUAUUUGUGCAGCUUAAUUUGUAUGGAUCUCUAGUAGCAUCUGUUGAGCAGUUAGAAUGGUAAGAUAUCCCUAAGAAACCCUCAGACUUCAGAUAAUAUACAAGGUCCUUUUAAAAGGAGUUAAUCUUGAAUGCUGAAAUAUAAAAGAUACUUAUCUUCUAAACUGUAAGUCUCUGCUGUGUGGUCUGUCCUAAAAAAACCCCCAAUAUUUUAUUUGCGUCCCUUUCAAAAUGAAGUUAAUUAUUAUUAUUAUGUAUUAUGUAUUGAAUUUAUACACUGUACUAUACCCCCUGGUCUCAGGGCGGUUUACGGAAUAAAAUCAAGAUAUAAAACCACAAAAUCCAUAAUCAAAACAACAACAACAACCCAGUAACACCCCCCCAAAACCCCCCACAAUUUAAAAGGGCAUAGGAUGUCAAUCAAAUCAACCAAAGGCAUGGUUAAAAUGGAACGUUUUUGCCUGGUGCUUAAAGGUGCAUAAUGAAGAUACCAGGCAAACUUCCCUGGGGAGAAAAUUCCACAGACAGGGAGCCACUGCAGAGAAGGCCCGUUCUCGUGUUGCCAUCCUCCGGACCUCUCGAGGAGGAGGCACAUGAAGAAGGGCCUCAGAAGAUGAUCUCAGGAUCUGGGUAGGUUCAUAUGGAAAGAGGUAUACCUUGAGGUAUUGCGGUCCUGAGCUGUUCAAGGCUUUAUAGGUCAAAACCAGCACUUUGAAUUCGGCCCAGAAACUAAUUGGUAGCCAGUGCAGUCUGACCAAGAUCGCUGUAAUAUGCUCAAGCUGUCUUGCUCUGGUGAGCAACCUGGCCACUGAAUUCUGCACUAGCUGCAGUUUCUGAACUGUCUUCAGAGGCAGCCCUAUGUAUAAUGCAUUGCAGUCAUCUAACUUUGAGGUUACCAGAGCAUAGACAACAUUAUUUAGGCUAUCCCUGUCCAGAUAGGGGAAUAGCUGGGCCACCAACCGAAGCUGAUGGAAGGCACUCUAAUCUGGUGAACUGGGUUCGGGUCUCCACUUCUCCACAUGCAGCUGCUGGGUGACCUUGGGCUAGUCACACUUCUUUGAAGUCUCUCAGCCCCACUCACCUCACAGAGUGUUUGUUGUGGGGAAGAAAGAGAAAGGAGAUUGUUAGCCGCUUUGAGACUCCUUUGGGUAGUGAUAAAGCGGGAUAUCAAAUCCAAACUCUUCUUCUUCUUCUUCUUCUUCUUCUUCACCUGAGCCUUGAGCGACAACAAAGGAUCCAGGAGUACCCCCAAGCUACAAAGCUGCUCCUUCAGAGGAAGUGUAACCCCAUCAAGAGCAGGCGAUCUUCUACCCAUCUGGUCUAGGGAACCACCCACUAACAGUGCCUCAGUCUUAUCUGGAUUGAGCUUCAGUUUGUUGGCUCUCAUCCAGUCCAUUACCGAGGCAAGACAUUGGUCCAGCACUUCCACUGCCUCACCUGCAGAUGUAAAGGAGAAAUAGAGCUGAGUGAUGUCAGCAUACUGCUGACAGUGUACUCCAAACCUUCAGAUAACCCCACCCAGUGGUUUCAUGUAGAUGUUAAACAACAUAGGGGAUAGGAUUGAGUCCUGUGGAACCCCACAUUGAAGGCUCCAUGGGGUUGAAAAGCAUUCCCCAAGCAACACCCUCUGGGAAUGACGCAAAGCGGUGCCACACACCCCUAGUUUGGACAGUUGCUUGAGAAGAAUACCAUGGUCGAUGGUAUGGAAAGCCGCUGAGAGGUGGAGAAUUAACAGGGACAUGUUUCCCUUUUGUCUCUCUCUCUCUCGACUGAGAUCAUACAGUGCUACCAAAGCAGUUUCUGUGCCAAAACUGGGCCUAAACCCUGAUUGAAACGGAUCCAGAAAAUCAGUUUCUUCCAAAAGUGCCUGGAUUUGGUCUGCGACCAUUUGCUCUAGAACCUUGCAACUGGCCUGUAGUUAAUUAGGUUUUCCGAAUUCAGGGAACGUUUCUUAAGAAGUGGAUUUAAAGAAGUAUUAGUUUUUAUAUACAGCGAUAUGUAUAUAAUCUCCUCUUCCCCCCAAAUAUUUGAAGGUUGUCCUUGACCUAUAUAAUCCUUUAUUAAUAUUUAUUUUGUAUGUAUAUCACACCUUUCCCCCAAGAUGCUUAAGGCAGGAUUCUUGCCGUUUUAUCCCCACAGAAGUCUGUGAGGUAAGUUAGGCUGAGAGUGAUUGGCCCAAGGCAACCCAGUAAGCUUCAUAGCGGAGUUCAGUUUUGAACCAAGUCUCCACAGUCCUUGUCUGACAUUUGAACAACUAAAGUAAGAAUUUACUGUGUUUAUUUCUAUCUACCGUUCAGCAUUCCUUGUCUGACUUUAUAUUUGAUCUGCUUUCAAUCCCCUGGAUGUAAAUAGUAAACACCACAGCUGCUUAACAGUUGCAGGUGCAUAAGUUUUAUUGAUUCGCUCCCUUCCCCCGCUCCCUGCCUUCUCCUUUCAGGACUGAGACCUUAUUUUCUUUCUCAUCAAUAUGUAUGUUUGCUUCCUCUUCCUCUAGCUUUUUUCCUCUGACCUUUUCAGAUACAAAUGAAGGAUGCAGUUGGGCUGUUCCAAGUGACACUUUACAACCCUAGAAAGACUACUUGCAUAAAAUGCACAGUAAGGGGUCUCUACCACACUUGAUGGUGAAAGGCAUGCUCUCUCUACCUCAUUUGUUUUAUGCGAUUUUCAAAAGCCAGGCUUAGCUGUUGCAUGCUGCCUCAUGGCAAUGAAAUAUGCAAAUAGAGAAGCAGCAUAAAUUCAACUAUUGACGUAUAGUCUUCGUUCAGACUUAAUGUCAAUCUCUGGCUUUUCAUUAACUGUGAAAGCGGACCUGAGAAGAGCCGUGCCAGAGAUUUUCUAAACUGACCACAGUUGGCUGUUGCACCUGAAGGCAGCAAACACUGGCUUGCUUAAAACAUAGAUUGCUCUUAUAUCAGAACUUCAAACUAUGAUUUGAUGUUUAAAUGAAGACAUAGGGACCCUAUGUAGUGAGUAACCCUUUGUUUGUUUGUCUGGGAAAGGUAUCCUUGGUGGGGCAAGUAUUGCUAGAAGAAAGGUAACAAGACCUCCUUUGCUAAACAAAAGCUCUUUUGCAGCUCAAUAUCUCUCCCUUUUCUUCUUAGUUACCCUCAGUGCAGAGCAGCUCUUGGUUCCAACAGCUAGACAGAUGCUUAUAAACCUACUUUAUAGAGCCAGCGUGGUGUAGUGGUUAAGAGUGGUGGAUUCAUAAUCUGGUGAACCGGGUUUGCUUCCCUCCUUCUCCUCAUGCAGCUGCUGGGUGACCUUGGGCUAGUCACACUUCUCUGAAGUCUCUCAGCCUCACUCACUUCACAGUGUUUGUUGUGGGGGAGGAAGGGAAAGGAGAUUGUUAGCCGCUUUGAGACUCCUUAGGGUAGUGAUAAAGCGGGAUAUCAAAUCGAAACUCCUCCUCUUCUUCUACUUUUGAUGAGCUGCACCCGGCAGCACUUUCUACACCUUUAUGUGCCUUAUAACACAGGUAGAGCAGAUAAACCUGUUUGUCUGAUUAGCAUCACAGAUAGGAACUGAAACAAAUAUAUUUGCUGAUGACUGGAUGGGUAUAUUUAAGUUAGUAGAUUUUAUCAAGUUGGUUUUUGUUUUUGUUGGUUGGGUGUUUUUCUUUUGUAUUGCCUACAGUGGGUGGUGCUGUGGGUUAAACCACAGAGCCUAGGGCUUGCCGAUCAGAAGGUCGGCAGUUCGAAUCCCCACGACGGGAUGAGCUCCCGUUGCUCGGUUCCUGCUCCUGUCAACCUAGCAGUUUGAAAGCACGUCAAAGUGCAAGUAGAUAAAUAGGUACCGCUCCGGCGGGAAGGUAAACGGCAUUUCCGUGCGCUGCUCUGGUUUGCCAGAAGCGGCUUAGUCAUGCUGGCCACAUGACCCGGAAGCUGUAUGCCGGCUCCCUCGGCCAAUAAAGCGAGAUGAGCGCCGCAACGCCAGAGUCGGUCACGACUGGACCUAAUGGUCAGGGGUCCCUUUAUCUUUACAGCAGUGCAAAUGUCCCUUCUCCAAAGCACUUGGGAGUAAAGGUGCCAUAAGCACAUCUCCCCCUUCUUCAUCUAGCUUUACAAAUCUUCCCCAUUGUAGUAUAAUUAUUUCAGCCCAUCAAAACAUCUCUCACAUUUGUGGAGGCAGGAUGUCAUUGCAGGGAAACAAAGAGGUAAUUUCUCGUUCACUCUGCCCCCCCCCCCCCCCGAUCCACAACACAUCUGCAAGCGAUCAGCAUUAUGUGCUUUUAUUGCUACCAAGCCUAUUCUGGUUUAGUGUGACUGUUUAAUCAAAAAAACAAAAAACAAAAAACACCAAUCACACAUAAUAGUCAUUCAAAAAGAGUGAUAGCACUGCGCCAAAUUGGGCGGAAUCUUCCAUACAAACUCUAACCAAUUCAGCACAAAACUGGCAAGCAAACCUGCAUUGUAAACUGCUCUGUCUGUCAUUCUCAGUAAAUAUGGGUCCUUUCCCCCACCCACUGAUCCUCUGGAGAGGCUACAGACAAAUUUUACAACAAAGAUUAUAAAAAACGACUACUCUGUUUCAUUAUGUAUCUACACCGCUAAUUUCCUCCCAUUAAAACCAUGCUUUUGUGCAGGCUAUGUAGAGGGGCUGUCUGCCUCAGCUAAUUACUCACAUAUACCUGAGAAAGGAUAUAGGAUCUCUUCUUUCCUGCCCACCAGGCUGUUUCACAGUCAAAAGGACUGCAGGAUAAAAAGUGUGGGGGGGGGGGGGGAGAGGCAGAGACAGCUCCCAUCAUCCUGAUGGCAGCAUCACUGGUCGUGGAUGAUGGGAGUUGUAGUCCAACAAAGAUCUGAAGACACAGGCGUGGGAAAGGCUGCCCUGUAGGGUUGAAAGAAUUUUUUAUUGCACCCAUUCACAGAAAAGCCAAUAUAUACAUGAUUGUAUAUAAAGCCUUAAACAGUGCAGGACCGCAAUACCUCAAGGACCGCCUCUCUCCAUAUGAACUGACCUGGAUCCUUUGAUCAUCCUCUGAGGCCUUUCUUCAUGUGCCUCCUCCACGAGAGGUCCAGAGAGUGGCAACAUGAGAAUGGGCCUUCUCUGUGGUGGUUUCCCAUUUGUGGAAUGCUCUCCCCAGGGAGGUUUAGUUGGCACCUUCAUUAUACACUUUUAGGCGCCAGGCGAAAGCGUUCCUCUUUAAACAGGACUUGGGCUGAUGGACAUCCGAUGCCCUUUUAUACGUGUUGUGGAAGGGAGGAUUAUUGGUUUAUUUGUCCUUAUUUUUAUAGUGUACUUUUGUGUGUGUUUUUAAAAAAAAUGUAAUUUUAUGUUGUGAACUGCCCUGAGAUCUACAGGUCUAGGGCGGCAUACAGAUUUAUGUAGAAAUAGUAGUAGUAGUAGUAGUAGUAGUAGUAGUAGUAGCAGCAGCAGCUAGAUUAAGCACACAAAAUGGCUAAUGGUGGUGGUUUAUUGGUUUUUCUAAAUCACAGGACUGGAAACAUGAACAUCUGUGCAUAUCACACAUUGCACUACUCACACAAACAGACCACUUCCAUGAGCAGCAAAUAUUUAAGCUGCUUUCAGAAAUGUCUACACCAGGUGCAUAGUAGAGUCUUGCAUGCAGCAAUGUGGCAACUCCAUGCUCUGUUCACUGGGAUUGGCCACCAAUCACCAUCAGAAGGCUCAAGGCAGAUAAAAGUCAUUUUUAAAUGCAUAAACACUAAUGACUGGAUGUUUCAAGCUGUUUUUAGUGCUAGUAAUCAGACCACUGGACUGACCAUACAUAUAUGGUCAGGUGAAAAGCAUUCUUUUAUACUUCUGGUAGAUGGUGGGUAUUGCAAUGCCACUUAUAUAAGUAUAUGAUGCGGCCAUAUGUAGGACUGUAUACAGUAUUCUGGUUAUCCUGUGGUUAUACCAGGUUAAACUACCUGACUUUUAGAAAACACCUGAAGGCAGCCCUGUUUAGGAAAGUUUUUAAUGUUUGAGGUUUUCUCGUGUUUUUAAUAUUCUAUUGGGAGUCGCCCAGAGUGGCUGGGGAAACCCAGCCAGGUGGGUGGGGUAUAAAUAACAAAUUAUAUUAUAUUAUUAUAGUAAUGUGCUUUUUGUGUGGCUUCCUUUGAAGGCUGUUUUGGAUGUGUCAGCUAGUGCAGAAUGCAGCAGCCUGGAUGUUUGUUGGGUCAAAGCCUUUGUACCAUUUUACUCCAGUUCUGCAUCAGCUGCACUGGCUGUUUAUUCACUUCUGAGUCAAGUUCAGAGUGCUGGUACUGGCAUUUGAGCCACUAAACUACUUGGGACCAAGCAUUCAAAUUCACUGUUAUAAAAGAGGAAGACGCGAUUUGUGGAUUGAAAAACUGACAUGCUAAUUGCACCAUGGGUGGCUAUCACGGUUGUAUACCACUUUUGAAGGACUGGUUAUGUGGGAUUGAUGCCAUUUAUGAAUUGUAAUAUAUACAAUGAAUUGUAUAUAAAUUGUAUACCAUGUAUUACAAAGAAUUGUAUGAAGAUGUGUGUGGAUUGUGGGUAUAUGUUGUCUACCAAUUAGUUUAUAAAAGUUUAUUAAGAAAUCUUUUCUUCUAGGUUGGUACAGAGGUUAUACUUUAAGGAAAAAAUCCAAAAAAGUAAGUAUUUCGUUUCCAUAGUAGCAGAUUCCUUUUUUUGUGUCUGAUGGUUUAGGUUUUUCAUAGUAACUACUUAAGAUAUUCUAUUUCCUUUCGAAACUUUUUACUGAAAGGUAAAUUAGAAAAAAGUUUGUGGAUAAUGCUGUUAAAAUAAUGGGUUGCUCCGAAAUAGAAUUUGCUUUUUGAAAAACAAUAAGUAGCUUUGUGAUAUUUUCUGUCUUUCACUACAAAAAUGGGUGGUGGUUAGCCUUCACACAUACUUACAUAUUUUGUUUAUAGAAUUGCGGUGGUACCUCAGGUUACAUACGCUUCAGGUUACAGACUCUGCUAACCCAGAAAUAUUACCUUGGGUUAAGAACUUUGCUUCAGGAUGAGAACAGAAAUCGCGUGGCGGCGGCGAGGCCCCAUUAGCUAAAGUGGUGCUUCAGGUUAAGAACGGGCCUCCAGAACAAAUUAAGUUUUUAACACGAGGUACCACUUUAGGUUGGUAAGAGGAAUAGUUUAUAACUUGCUGGUUGUGAAUUUUAAUUUUAAUUAAUAUUAAAAUUGAGUUUCAGUAGCUUCUCUUUCAAGAAACUCCAUAGGUAUUAAAAUGUAAGUGGGCAGUUUAUAGGAAUCCUGUCAGCUGAACUCACCUUGUUGGCUGACCUAGGCGGUACAGUGGUACCUCGGGUUAAGAACUUAAUUCGUUCUGGAGGUCUGUUCUUUGCGCUUUGCGCAUGCGCAGAAGUGCCAAAUAGCACUGGCACCGGCACAGAUGCGGCGCUUCAGGAUGCAAAUGCUGCAGGUUGCGGACGUGCCUCCGUCACGGAUUACGUCCGCAACCCAAGGUUCCACUGUACUUCAUUUUACUUCUAUUACAGUGGUACCUCAGUUUAAGAACAGUCCGGUUUAAGAAUGAUUUGGUUCACAAACUCCGCAAAACCGGAAAUAGUGUCUUGGUUUGAGAACUUUACCUUGGUCUAAGAAGGAAUCCAAACAGUGGAAGGGCACCGGCGGCGGGAGGCCUCAUUAGGGAAAGUGCGCCUCAGUUUGAGAACGGUUUUGGUUUAAGAACGGACUUCCGGAAUGGAUUAAGUUCGUAAAUUGAGGUAUCACUGUAUUUAGAAUGCCGCAUGAGCAGUGGGGUAGCAGGCAUUGAAUUUUGGCAUCACACAGGCCUCUGCUGGAAUUUGAGACCCUAAGGUCCACCACUGAUCAAUAUAUGUACCAUCCUACUUCCCCUCUGCUCUUCUAAUAAUGGUCCUCCAGUGAAAAUAUCAGAAGCUUUUGGUUUAGAUUUCAGUUAACGACAGUUCAGCAUUCUGUCCUAACCUCAAGCUGUUGUUAAUUGAAAUGCCCCAUGAUUUAAAACAGGUUUGUUUCAAGUAACUGUUAUUAAACUAGUUAGUUGGGUUCACGUACAAUGCUAACCUCGUCUGGUUAGUAUAAAAUGAAAGUAAAUACUUCUGAAUUCCUCCUCCCCCUGGCUUGCCCAGGCUUGUUCUUAUAAUUAUAAAUCAUCUUUCAGGGAUGUAUAACUAUGUAAUAUUUAAUGAAAUGUAAUUCUGAACUUUAUUGAUCAUUCAGAACCCCCUCCCCCAGCAAUAAUACAUUUAUUUUUCUUGUUUAAGGGCAUAUUUCCCUCCUCCUAUAUACAGCUUAAGGAAGCAAUAGUUGAAGGAAAAGGGUAAGUUACAAAAUUAACAGAUGAAAAUAUUUUCAUAAUGGCUUCUUUGCACAUUAGAUAAAUAAAUGACGAUGCACAGCAAAUUAAGUCUAAGGUUUAUUCUAUCAAAGAUUAGGGUGGGGGCAAAGAAACAAGUAGAGAAUAGACAAUCACAUUUCUUUGUGGUCUAGGGUUUAUGUGAACCAGUACGGUAGCAAUGGUUUUGAGAUAACUAGUUGAAUGAAAGCAUGAAUAACGGCCAGUUGUUUGAAGAUUGGGAGAGAUUGUGGAGGAAAGGGGUCAAGUUCACUGCUUGUACGGUGUUAAAGGAAAAUAUUAUGAAAAUGAUGUAUAGAUGGUACUUAACCCCUGUAAAAUUGCAAAGAUAUAUCAUAAUAGUGAUAAUUUAUGCUGAAAAUAUAAAGAAAAAGAAGGUACCUUUUAUCAUAUGUGGUGGAGCUGCCCCAAGGUGAAAGACUUCUGGGAGAAGAUUUAUAAUGAAAUGAAAAAAAUGUUGAAAUAUACAUUUAUUAAGAAACCAGAGGCCUUUCUUCUUGGAAUAACAGGUUUGGAAUUGCCCAAGAAAGAUGUUAGAUUGUUUUUGUAUGCCACAACUGCAGCUAGAAUUUUGUUAGCUAAGAAUUGGAAAACACAAGAAGUCCCAGCAGUGGAGGAAUGGCAGAUGAAGAUGAGCUAGUCGACAUGACUGGAAGAGUCCGCGACCAGAAGGAGGAGGAGUACCAGGAGGAAUGGAUGAAAUUCAAAGACUAUUUAGUUAAAUAUGUUAAGAUAAUUUAAUAGGAAAAACUUGCAAAUACCAGAUAGGCUUAGGAUUUAAAUAUGUAAUGUUAGAGAAUAAUAUGUUUAAAGAUAAAAUGGAAAGAAAGAAAGAAAGAUGUUAAGUGAUUAAGUUAAUUUUAUGAGAAAAUUGGUUUUGGAAAACUGUUACAAUGAUAUUCUCAGCCAGGGGGAUUCGAGGAAGUCACUUAACAAUGUUAUUAAGAUUGGAUUAAGUAUAGUUAAGAUAUAUGUUUGUUUGUUUGUCUAAAAUUUUUUGGAAAAUAAUUUAUUUUUUUUAAAAAAAGAAGAUAACGGCCAGUUUACCCAGUAACUCUCUUGAAACCCAUCUUGAGUUCAUUUCAGUGUUUGAAAGGAUUUAUGACAUUUUUUAUGUUUGCAAGGAAAGUCUCAUUGAUGUGAGAAGAGUGUUUUCAAAGCAAUAUUUUUCUAGCUUCAGCUGUUAUUUGCUUGUGACUUUUUCUGCCAGUUCUGUGUGAAAUAGCAGGGUUCCAUGGGCUUGUAGACUGUAACACAGUGGACUUCCUCUUAAGGGGCUGACUGAAAAGACCAGCCAAGCACAUGGACCUUGUCCUGAUAGUCACAGGAAGUGUUGGUGAGAUGUAAUAGCUUAAGAGAGAGAGAAUACUUGGGAUUGUGACAGGAAAACGUAGAUUGGAGAUAAAUCCUGCUGACUGCAGGAGAGGCUAAAAGCUGAUGCUUGUGCUGCAAUCCCAAGAUUCUGGACACAUGUGUCUGUCAAAGCAGCUGGCAUCUACUUCUGACUGAGAUGGCAUAUGGUACAUACUGUGUCUUUGAUUUAAAACUUUAUACUUCAAUCCACUUGUUCUGAAAGAAACACAGAACUAUAGAACAGGAAACUCUAUACGUAAAUCAGGGAGCUCAUAACAGAAGAGAAAAAACAAAAACAAAGCAGGUACAUAAAAUCAUAUAGGUGAAAAAUGGGGCACAUGGUAGAUAAUUGAGGUGGUACUGUCUAUCCCAGCACCCUAAUAAAGGCUGAAAUCAGUGUUGAAGGUUUGUAUUAUGAGAAUAAUAACACCUGUGUUAACAUGGAGUGGAAUUAAACCUCUCAGGUAAGAUUUACUCUUUGGGUCAAGUGGACCCCCGAGUUGCUCUGUAGUGUGCAUAUGUGUGCAUUUGCACUGGCAUGUACAAGAUUAAAAUAACACACACACAAAUAUGAUUCAGUGCUUCUGUAGUAGUAUAAGCACAAAAGUAGCAUUUUGCCUAUUUGAUAAAUUUAAAGUUACUUUAUGCAUCUGAUUUUGAGAAGGUGAUGGACCUCAGCUAGUUUAGAAGUUUAGUAGUUUCCAUGGGGUCCCUUCUGGACCAUAAAGAAGGCUGAUCGCCAAAGAAUUGAUGCUUUUGAAUUAUGGUGCUGGAGGAGACUCUUGAGAGUCCCAUGGUCUGCAAGAAGAUCAAACCUAUCCAUUCUUAAGGAAAUCAGCCCUGAGUACUCACUGGAAGGACAGAUCCUGAAGCUGAGACUCCAAUACUUUGCCCACCUCAUGAGAAGAGAAGACUCCCUGGAAAAGACCCUGAUGCUGGGAAAGAUGGAGGGCACAAGGAGAAGGGGACGACAGAGGACGAGAUGGUUGGACAGUGUUCUCGAAGCUACCAGCAUGAGUCUGACCAAACUGCAGGAGGCAGUGGAAGACAGGAGUGCUUGGCGUGCUGUGGUCCAUGGGGUCACAAAGAGUCGGACACGACUAAACGACUAAACAACAACAACAACAUGGGGUCCCUUCUGGCUCUGAUGCCAUGAUUUCAAUAGGAAUACACCAGAUCCCAAUACUUUAGUACAGAGGUAGCUAAUGUGUUGCCCUUGGGCUGGAUUCCCACCUCUGGUCAUCCCUGACCAUUGACCAUGCUGGGGCUGAUGGGAAUCUGGUCACUCCUGGCUAAGUAAAAUAAAAAGGAAAGGGGCUGUGAUAAAAUACUGCAGGACAGCUCACGCCAUAAUUCUUGAGGGCUGUAUGGAGUAGGAAGUGGUUCAGGUUUGCCUAAGAUAAGUUUUACAGAUGAUCUAAACAGCCACUGGGGUCCACAGAAAUCCCAUUAGCUGGCAAGGGUUAAAAAAACCCAUCAAGCAAAAAGUGUAAGAUAUACCCCCCCCCCAAAAAAGCUUUGCCAGAUACAAGCCUGAAUGUAAAAUAACUAUUCUUCUGUGCCUGGUUUAUUUUUAUGCCUUUUUAAAUAUGUAAAUUAUGAAAGCGCUAAUCAUUUGAUUACUGCAUAAUGACACCUUCCUGACUGAUUGCAUAGCUCCUUCAGUAAGCACCAUACUUUAGACAUACUGUGUAGUAUGGUAGUUGUAUAGUACUCAGAUGAUGCGUUAUUUAAAUGUAGUAAUUUAGAGGCACAAACACUGAGGACUUGCAAAAUAGCUUUUCUUGUCCUUGAAACUAGCAGUGUUUGGGUUUGAACAGAAUCCCUUGUAAUGACAGGUGAUGUGCAGUUGGCGGGUUUUUGUGUGUGUGUGCUUAUGAAUACCAAAUACUUACUCUCUCAAGCGUGUACCCAUUUUAUAAUGUUGGAAAUGAUUUUUUUUUUAAAGUUGUGAUUAUGAGUUUUUAAACCAAAAAGAAUUGGGUAGGUUGUGUAGAACAUCACAAUUCAGCGUUGGUAUCUAACAGCUGAUGUAAUUAGAAUGCAAUUACAUUUCCCCUCCUUUUUUCCUCUUCUUCCAUAUGAAUGACAUUCUAUGUUGGCUUGCUUCUUAGACAACAUGAAACUGUUAUACCCAGCGAACUACCACUCAUUCAGGAGGUUACCACCACGCUACGGGAAUGGUCUACAAUAUGGCGGCAGCUCUAUAUUGUAAGUAUAGAAGGCUUCCUAAGAUAAUUCAUUUUCGAGGGUCCUGUACCGUUGGUCCUUGGAAAAGCCUGUAGCUCAGUUCACAAAAUCAGCCAAGCUACAUACACCAGUUAAUAUUCCAAUGGCCAUGGUGCCAGUAGCUCAAGGGUCUAUACCAGCAGUGGGGAACCUCUGGCCUAUGGAUCAAAUUGGGCGCACUGGCCAGAUUGGCACUCCUUUUAUAUGCAGAUUUUGCCUGUCAAAGCUCCCAGGUUCCAUUCUCACCAUCUUGUGUUUAAAAAGAAACUUGAGCAGCUGUCUCGAGUGGAGAGCGAUCGUGAGUUGGAGUCAACCGUUCUAGGGUAGAUGGAUCAGUAGAUUUGAUAUAUGGUAUAUGGCAACCUCAUAUGUCUCUAUAUGAACAAAAAGGCCAUUCUCUUUCUUCCCCCAUUCCUUCUAGAAAUUUGGGUUGCCAAAAUGCUUAUAAUUUUCAUUCUGUUAUUGAUUCACACAUGCAUUUGGCUGUGCACACCUGCAUGCAUUUAACAUGUUUGUGUGUAUAUAUAAUAUUGUUCCCGAGUAUUUCCUUGUGGUACUGCAAAUGAAAACCCAACUGUAAGGAACUGAGAAAAUUCACUUUUGCAUCGGUCUGGUUUCUCCAAGUUGUGUUUUAAAAACUGCUUUGACUAUUCUGAAGAAACAAACAGACCUACAGUAGUUAUAAAUUCCAGCCUCUUGACUACACUUGCACCUGCUAAUGCUGAAUUCAAGAGCUGAGUGCUGACAACUUUAUGUUCUAAACUGGGCCACCCACGAAUGAAAGAGAGGUCCAGGGGUAUUUGGGGGGGGGGACUCUGUGGUAAGCAGAAAUGCAUAAAACUUAACCCCCCUCCCCAAAGUGGGCAAGCCCCUUUCCAAAUUGUAUCUGAGGAAUAUGCCCGCAUGCUGCCUUCAUGCUGCUAUGGGAACCUGGCAGCUUAUGGGGCAGAGCGCAGGUGCAGAUACUCUUCUUCAGCCUCAUGGUCUUUCCUCAGUCUGGUAAGCUCUUAAAUUGCGGAAUCCCAUCACCUUUUCUGGGCUUGGAGGCUACGCAGAGAAAGCUCCAAAUGCCUUGCAAGGCGGACAGUUUACCCACAUUGCAAGGCUGUAGGAGGCUGAGAGGCAGGUCCAAUAGCAUUCGCACCCUGAGGAUAAAAAACAGAAUACUGAAUCGAUACUUGUUUAUUAUUAUUUUUUAAAUCCAACUCCCAGCACUUUUGCUGCUGUACCACUUUGGCUGUUAUACUUCAUUAUGAAGAAGACCAAUAACAGAACUAAAUGCAUACUGUUUUCCUCUUUUACAGCAAGAUAACAGAGAAAUGUUCCAUAAUGUAAGGCACAUGAUAUAUGAUCUUAUUGAAUGGAGGUCACAAAUACUCUCUGGAACCCUACCCCAGGAUGAGCUCAAGGAACUUAAAAAGAAAGUCACUGCCAAAAUUGACUACGGAAACAGGUUUGUCAUGUUGUUUGAAAUGCACAGCCUUUUCUUUUUUUUCCUUUUUGUACGUAGAAGUUAUAUGCCUAUAACUUGUAUAAACCUGCAAUAAACCGUUGCAUUGUGGAGUACUCCUGUUCAAUGUUCUAGUCUUCCGGUCAUGCUUCCCCCACCAGGAUAAUCCAUUUCAUUUUGCCUUGCCUUGGGCUUUCUGCCCCUGACAGACAGACAUGGCAUUCUGUGACCAUUGAUCAUGUGCAGUCUUAAUUAGAUAAUUUGAGGGGGGGGGGUUGGCUUCUUAGUCCCCCCCCCAAUAUUUUUUUCAGCUUCUGUAAACCUUAGGGAUUCCCCAAGCUGACUUUUCGUUUCUCCAUAACCCCAUUUUGGCUAUGUAGUGGUCAUAACUCAGCACCUGAAUUCCUUAUUAGUCCCUUCCAACCCUUCAAUUCUAUGAUUAGGACUGUAUUAUUAAUUAGCCAUUACAUAUUCUUCCUUGGCUGUAAGAAUGCAAGGUUCUGAAGGUAAAGGCAGACAUGAUAUAAAAAGAUUUGCAGUCCCCUAUCCAUAACUGGCUUCUCUUGCAAAUGUGAAAAGUUGGUAUUUUCAGAACUUGAGAGGAAAUGUGUGCUGAAAUUAAACACAAUGAGUUCAUUUCCAACUCAGCCCUACUAAGGUAUAAAUGUUAUGCUGGUCUUCACCCUUGGAAGUUCUUUUAAUCUUAGAACUGAGAGAAUCUGAACUUUAAGGUGAAGACAGAUGUAAUGUUUUUGAUAUGAUGGGAUUGGUUUGAACACUCGGUGCUCUGAAAAGAAAUGUCUUGGAAUGGAACAAAUCUGUGUUCAGACCACUUCCAACCUAUUGAAAAUUUCAUGUCUGUUCUCACUCUUACUUUUUUCGAAGAAAGCUUCCAGUCCUCUGUAUUAGAGAUGUAUGUUUCACAUUACUUACUGUCCAAAUAAAUUUCUAGAGUACAAUCUAACCUCUGUUUACCAAAGGGCUGAGAUUUGGCUAGCAAAUUUGCUCCAAAGCAGCAAAAACUAACAUACCAGUCAAUAUUUUUUUUUGCAGCAAAUAGGAAUUGGGACAAAAAAGUUUUGCCAGAAAUUGGAUCUGUUAUAUAAUUAUAGACAUUGUAAGUGUUUUGCCAAACUUGUUAUGAGAGCGAAUUUUAACAUCAGGUUUUGUGUGAAACAUAUUGUUUUUGAGGGCUCCUUCACUGGGACUUACUAACUCAAAUUAAGAGAAACAGCCACGACAUUUUCAAUAUAUGCUUUCUGUAGCGAAUGUUUGUAAAAAAUAUUAUCUAAGAAGAUUACCUUGAAACCUUUUUUUGCAUUCAAAUUGUUAAGUGAAGGCUGUUUGCAGUAUUUGAAGCUGGAGAUUUACUACUGAUUUUGUAACUUUUGUGCUAAAGCUUUCUAACUUUUCACCAAUUAAUUGAUUCAAAUUCCAAUUGCAGUAACAAACAUUUGGGUAAGGUGGCCCUGGAUAGAUUACUUAAACAUUUGAAGACUGGCUACAAAUGAUUUGCAACCCUCCUAACAUUAUUAUAUCAUACAAGAUUUAUAGUCCAAGAUAUGAUUUGUAAUCAAUUAACCACAUGUUGUCAAUAUUAUUUGUUGGCUAUUUCAUUUUUUACAUUUGGCAAAGGAACUGUCCAAUGCUAAAUCAGACAUUAUUGGACUUCUUGUAUUGUACAAUAAGCCUGCAACUUAAGCAGAGAUUAUGUUCUAGUGAUUGUGCCCAAAGCCAAGAUUGCAUUGAGUCUAGACACAUUGGGCUCAAUGGCAGGUGAGAUUGCCAAAGUCAUUUUUCCCAGAACCCCACCCAAUUUUUUAUUUUUUUGCCAUGCACAUAAACUGAAUACAAACAAGUAAAAUAACACAUAAGUUGUGGGUUUGCUGUAUCUAUUCAUUGGUGUUUCGAUGGACUAAAGUAAUUAAUUAAAUGAUUGCAAUUUUGUAUUUAGAAUUGGAAGAGAAUUGUGCUUGUUGGCUGAGUACAAUAUAUACCAUAAAAGAACAAACACAAUUUUUGUUUCAGAGUAGCUGUGUAUAUUGUGUUUUUCCCUUAGUGAAACAAAAAUGACUACUUGAGAUCAGAUAACUCAAUACAUAAAGCUUUCUUUGCCGUUUUCUCAGUAAAUUUCUGCUGCACUUAAUCGAGAACCAACUUGUUUCUUCUUCCCUUUUUUCUGACAUAUUAUAAAAGCAGCAUUUUAGUUUUGUUUGUGAAAUAUUUAUAGAAGAUACAGUUGGUUUUGGGGUUGUAAAAUGAGUACUGCUGACUGGCUAUUGGAGGGAUUCUGCAUCCUUAUUGUUAAAGGUGCCUCAAACAAUUAGCAGCUUUUGAUAACAUUUUUCCACUCAUCAGUUAUGUGAAGUGAUAAUUUAAUGAAGGUUUUAAGACCAUUAUAUGGAAAGUCAGAGAAGUUCUGUUUAUUUGAACUCCAUUGAGGAGCCUUUACAUUUUAGAAGGUUUUUUUAAAUUAUUAGUUGCACUUAUUUCAUGGUAAUUUGUGAAGUAAUUAAGUAGCUGCAUGUUGGAAACUUUUAAAACUGCUCUCCUGUUACCCAGAGUCCAGUUAGAGGUUUCUGCUCUUGUUGGAAGGAGAGCUACAACCUAAUUCUGAAUUAACUAUGUUUUCUCUUGGAAGUUCUGAGGCAGAACUUUUAUUUUUCUUAAUAUGUUCUUUUCCCCUACCCUGUUCUCUCAGUACACCAGAGGUAGCUAACUUCAUUUAAGCUUUACCAUAGACGUAUGUCGUAGAUCUGGAAAAGUCCUUGAAUUCACCUUCUGCUUCUGUAAAUGGUUGUGUUCUGAUCUUGGUUUAAACGGGGGAAUUUAUGAAUCCUCCUGUAGCUUUGUCUAAAAAGCCAGAGUAUUUGAAAGCACUAAACUUCUUAAUUGUGUCUAGUUCAGAUUAAUAAGAAAAUGCUGUUGAUUCACUUGCUGUUGUUUUCCUUUUCAUACAGAAUUCUUGAUUUAGACCUAGUGGUAAGGGACGAAGAUGGCAAUAUAUUGGAUCCUGAGCAAACCAGCACCAUCAGCCUUUUCAGAGCUCAUGAAAUAGCUUCCAAGCAAGUGGAGGAAAGACUGCUGGAAGAAAAAGUAAUAAAACAUAAUGCAUACUAGUGGAAAUGUGUAAAUGGUGUUAAGGACUAGCAAAGACAUUUAGAUUGUGAAUGGCUUUCAAGAUUAUGUUUUUGAAAAAGGCAUUGCACAUUUCUCCUGGCUAUAGCCUUUGCUACAGUCCUGAAAGAACAUAAGCAGUUUUUUAGUUGGCACCGUAGCUUUUAGCAUUUGAAUUCAUAGAUCAUAGAUUUAAAACCUCCAAGGGUUUAAUUAGCCACUAGUCUGCUCACCUGGGGCAGGAUAAAAUUGGUGAAUUGAAUCUUCCCUUGCCUCUGUAUCAGCCUUGCAGUGCUAUGCUGCCUACCUCUCUGAAUCUUUUAGAUCUGGGAGACUACUGUUUCUAAUGAGAAGAGAGAAGGUUUGCAGCAACCACAGCAUGUGGUACUUGCCUGCAUGGAUGUAUUGCUUGUAAAUGACAAAGAAAGGCAGCUCUGCCAACCCUGUAAUUGUCCAUCCUUCUCUUACCCCCCCUGUCAGUUUCUAGCCUAGUUGCAUGCUGCCUAUGACACAUGAAAGAUGCAUGGAGUGAGAGUAGAGAGGGAGCAGAUUAGUGAGCUAAGAACAGGAGCUAAACGCACAAAUAUUUGCAAGGCUGGAUUUAUGUAAAUGUUUGUAUUGUGGUGGGUCAGCUUGUUUCUUAGUCAUCAUAGAGUACUUGGUAAAUUCUUUAAAAACUUUCUCCUGUUUCAGUCUCAAAAGCAGAAUCUUGACAUUAGUAGGCAAGCCAAAUUUGCUGCGACACCUUCGUUUGCCUUGUUUGUAAACCUGAAAAACGUUGUCUGCAAAAUCGGAGAAGAUGCUGAAGUCCUUAUGUCUUUGUAUGAUCCUUUAGAAUCCAAGUUUAUCAGGUCAGUGCUGUACGGGAAUGUUUUGAUUGCUUUGUUAACUGUUAUAUUUUAGUUUAGAGACUGCCUAAUCCCAAAGGCACAGGACUAGUCAUAUGAAUAUACACUCUUUACUUUUUUUAAAAAACAAACCCAAAACUUUAUUUGUGAAUGGCAGGGAAAUGCAUCUUCCUGAAGAUAUAUAGAAAAGGUGAUAGUAAAGAAUUUAAGUGCCCAUGAUAUACAUUCAACACCCUGCUCUCUUCUGAACUGCACAAAACACUCCUAUUGCAGUCCUCUCAGUGAGAGGGUACAGCGUUUAUCUCUUCAAUCCUUUAAAGUGGGAAUUAUAGUGAUGAACAUCACAAAUGCCUGUUGAGGAUAGCAAAGACGAAGGCUGUAAAGUACACAGCACAUUUACAAGUAUAAAUGGGCCUAGUGCUCGCAUUUUGACAAGCAUCUGGAAAAAUGGCACCGUGAAUUGAUACAGAAAAUCUAAACCUUGAACUUCAGAAGCCAAUUUAAAUUCUUUCAGCUUUCAGAUAACAUGCCCUUUUUUGUAAUGCAAGGGGCGGGGGAAUCCAUCAGGAUUCUCUUUACUCUCCCAGAGCACAUUUCUUCUGCAGCCCAAAUGGAAUGUAAAAUGAAACAAAUCCAUGUAUUCCUAGUUCCUGUUACUGCUUAAAUGUGUGUGUUUGUGUAUGUUACACAUGUACAAAACACUGUUGUCUAACAGAGGCAAUAUUGUCUGAGUAGAAUCUCUGUAUGCUUGUUAAAAUGCAGGUUUUAAUGUGUCACAAUGUGACAUAUUUAGCUUUUGAUUGUAAAAUUGUGAUGUAGCUGAUAAACUGAUAUGUUUAUUUAUGCAGUGAGAAUUAUCUGGUGAGGUGGUCGAGUUCUGGGCUUCCAAAAGACAUAGAUAGAUUACAUAAUCUUCGAGCAGUGUUCACGGUAAGUUUGCAACUUUUGAGGUAUUCUAUUGCUUCAAUAGUUUGUGAGGCAACAGGAAAUCUCCAGCAGGGGAAGGCCAUCGCUUUGUGACAGAGCACUGCUAAAGGGCUCUGGUUCAACCUCUGGUUCAAUCCCUGGCAUUUCCAGGGCUGGGAAAGACUGGAGAGCUGCUUGGCUGCUAGCGAAGACAGAACUGAGCGAGAUCAGCCAACAGUCUGAUCCGGUAUAGUGUUGUUUCCCAUGCUCCUGCCAAAGUCUUCUUUGGCUCCACUGCACACCAGCCUCAGGUUGGUGCAGAAAUGGGCAUUGUUUGCCUUCCAGCUUCUGCCUUCAAGGACUGGAGCUGGGUUAGGAAAAGACAGAAAUUCAUGCAUUUCUUGCUUCCAGAGCGUAGGUAUAUACAGGAAGGAGCAAAGCUGUGCUUUAGCCCUACCGUGUCCCUCUGGCCUCUCUCGGUAGCCACAUGUUUCACACAGCUGUGUAAGCAGAAAGCUGUGAUUGGGGUACUUGAAUGAUCAGGUGAGCAAGAGCUCACACAACCACAUGCAGAACAUAGUUAUUGGGGAGGAAGAAACGUGACCGCAUGGCUCUGCACUGCAGAUAGAGAACUUCAGACCCAGAGACCAAAUGUGGCCCUUGAGACUCUUCCCAGGCCACACCCCUCAGUAGCACUUCUCUGUACCCCCGCAAGUGCUUUUACCUAGCUAUAAAGUGUCCUUGAGCACUAAUUCUUGCCUGUAUGGAGGACAGAGAAGUGUGAGUGCAGAAACCUCUGGCUUUUGAAUCACUGGAAUGUAGCCUACAGUAGAAAGUAGGGCUGCGUGGUAUAUCGUCCAAAACUGGUUUGACGUCCAUAUUGUGAUAUUGGUUUUUGACCUGGCAAUAUAUCCCGAAUCAUGAUGUGUAUGUGUGAACUAUGUAAAAAUCACAAUGUGGGAAAAACUGUGAAGCCAGCCAAUGACUCUACAUAGCUCCAUCCUUAUGUCAGACAUUGUGAUAUAUCAGUAUAUAGUGAUGUUCAGCUGGUGAAAUAUCACAAUGUUGAAAACCAGAUGUCGCCUAGCCCUAGUACAAAGGUCAGCCUCUGUUGUUCCACCCACUUUCCCCUCUGUUCACUGUUAGCAUAGGAUGCUGAGAAUUAGGCCCUGAGGGGAUUUAGUUUUUGGACUUUUUUUUUUUAAAAAAAGGUCCUCCUUUCUUGGUAUACACACUUCAGCACAGCACUCCUGUAGCAUCCGAGUGUGGCUUUAAUUGGCCAUAUCUGUCUCAUAGGCAGUAUUUCACUUGCUCCUAGUUUUGUUCUUUUUGAACCCACAUGGACUUUCAUAUGGCUUUAGCUCAAUUCUGACACAUGCUGCAGGAAAUUCUUUGAGCUGCUAAGGGCACUAAGAUUUUUGAUGCUUUUGCACUUGGAAAAAAAAUCACAUGAACUAUUUCUUGAAGACUCUUUGACGAUUGUGUGGGAAAUACAUUUUUAAAUGAGUAGGAAUUGUUCAGGACUCUCUAGUCAUUUUAAACAUUUCCAUGUAAAUGUAUUCCUUGAUCGUUAUGAAACUUUUUGUCAUGCAAAUAACGGUUGAAGGGAUGGCAAACUGAGAAGGCUAAAUAGCAAAUAAUCUUUCUUCUUAUGUAAUCCGGAUGCAUUUGUUGGCGUUGGAAGGGGGGAGGCAUUCUAACAGGGGGUAGAUUGUAACUAAUAAUGGGAAAUGGUCGCUUUCUGUUCUCUCUAGCACCUCAAAAGAUAUUUCUUCUUAUGUAAUCUUAUGUGGAAAUGUAAGUGCAGUUUGCAAAGUAAAGGUAUGAAAACUUAAUGUUUCUAGGACCUUGGCAGCAAAGACCUGAAAAGAGAGAAAAUCAGUUUCGUCUGUCAGAUCGUACGAGUAGGCAGAAUGGAACUAAGAGACAACAACACAAGAAAGCUAACCUCUGGGCUCCGACGACCUUUUGGCGUAGCAGGUAAUCCAUUCUCUUUAGGUGCACUGUCAAAAUGUUCUGCAAGUAAGAGCAGCUGUUUGGUAUUGAACAACUGCUGACUUGGCAUAUUGAAGUUUUGAGAAUAAUUAUUCAGCCUGUUGGUUAUAUUUACUGAAUUUUAUGCCUAGAUCAUUUGCGGCUUGCCAAGGAAUGUGCAUGUGCCCUUCACAUGUUUAUAUACAGUGGUACCUCGGGUUACAGACGUUUCAGGUUACAGACGCUUCAGGUUACAGACUCCGCUAACCCAGAAAUAGUACCUCGGGUUAAGACCUUUGCUUCAGGAUGAGAACAGAAAUUGCGUGGCGACGGUAGUGGGAGGCCCCAUUAGCUAAAGUGAUGCUUCAGGUUAAGAACAAUUUCAAGUUAAGAACAGACCUCCAGAACGAAUUAAGUUCUUAACCCGAAGUACCACUGUAUUUGUUUCAGAAGAGCCCUAGUGCAGAAGCAGGGUAGCUAUGGCAAACAUAAUAUUUGCUGCAUAAAAUGUAAAGUGCUAAUUUCCCAGAAUGGAAGGGGAUGGGCGGAGAAAUGAUGCAGUAUUAAACUGGAUAAGGAUUCCAGAAAGUUGCAUGCAGCAUUUAAUAGGGAUGGUAGAGCUGAAUCAUGUGAUACUGACCAGGGCUAGGAUAGACAACCUGGUGCCCUCUAGAUGUUGUUGUUAUUGUUGUUAUUCCGCCCCAUACCCAUGGAGCUCAGGGCAGUUCACAACAUAAAAUUACGAUAUCAAAACCACAAAAUACAUAAUGAAAACAAAAACAAAGACAACCCAGUAAUCCCCGCCCCCCUCAGCAUAUUUAAAAGGGCAUUGGAUGUCAAUCAGUCAAAGGUCUGGUUAAAGAGGGACAUUUUCAUCUGGCACCCAAAAGUAUAUAAUGAAGGUGCCAACCGAACCUCCCUGGGGAGAGCAUUCCACAAACGGGGAGCCACUGCAGAGAAGGCCCAUUCUUGUGUUGCCAUCUUCUGGCCUCUCGUGGAGGAGGCAUGCGAAGAAGGGCCUCAAAGAAUAAUCUCAGCGUCUGAGUAGUGACCUCCCUGAGGCGCAAGCAUAGGCUCCCUAGAUGACAAGAGCCCUGGCUGUGGUGGUCCAAAGGAAAGCAGAGCAAUUCGUUUGGCACCAGAUUGCCUGCAGGUGUUGCCAGAAAGAGGCCUUCAAGACACCAUCCAACCGUCUUAGAGACUCCACUCUAUAUUUGUGUAGGCCUUAGCCUUUUCUUCUCCUGAAGAUGUCCCACAAGGCAGUGGGUACAGAUUUUUCCUCAGGGUUUACUCCCAAAGACUUUCUUGUGAAUGAGUAUAGCUGCAAGGCAACAGAGAUUUAGGAUCAGAGUUCUCCUUCUCUUAUAUGGGCUACCUUCCCAGGCUGAUGAGCCCCCUCUGCCCCUCAUUUCCCUCCACAGCACAUGAGUAACCGUCUUCUUGAUAGUUGGACUCACAAUGAGUCUUGUCUGUUCAAUCCACCAGAAUCUGUCUUCACAUGCAGGGGAAGUCCUUAACUCACUGAGGGUUUGAGACCCAUCAGUUACCCCCACCUGGUUUAGCUGGCCAGUCGAAGCCAUUCCCAGGGUGUGGCUGCUGUUGUAUGCUGACAGCUUCUAAGAGCCGUAGGUGAGAGCUGAGUGCAGCGUGGGGACCAAAGGUGGACAAAUUACCCCUCUACUCCUUCACUACAGUGAUCUAAAAAGCUGGCCUUGAUCCCUACUCUUCCGGCACCAAGUUGAAGAAACGUACUGGAUUUGUUUUCAUUACUGAGUUUCCCAUUUGGAAGAGUUGAAAAAAGAUGGAAUAUGAUGUUAAGGACUUUGCUUGAAAAGAAUAUAUUGAUUCUGAAAGUUACGUCAGCAUGGUUCUGAUGACUGGUUUUAGUGCAUUAGAUCCUUACAGUAUACUUAAGCAGGGCAUUUGUCCACAAACAUCCAGGUACAAGUGGCCGACAGAGGCAGUGCUGGACUGGCAUAUACAAUGUAUUUCUCCUUACUCCUAGAUCAUGGUGAUGUCUGCUAGUAAAACUGUGUCUCUUCAGAGAUUGUUUGCUGCUGGUGCUGUGUUACCAAGCCAUGGCAUGCUGUCUUCUGAAUGUGCCCUAACUGGUUAAGCUGAGAAUAACCUUUCCACUUUCUUUGGGUUUGGGUUUGGGUUUGGGUCUUUCAUUAUCCCAUGUCUGGUCUGGUGCAAAUUGCCUUACAGAACUCGCAUACUGAACUAGCAUUCCACAUUGCCUGGUUUUAAUGAAUUAUUGUAUUGGUUUCUUGUUUUUUUUUUACAAAUUUUAUUUUAAUGUUAAUAUUGAGUUUCAUUGAUUAUGUUUCUGUAAGCAGUUGUGGAAUUUUAUAACAAGAUGUGCAGCAUAUAGGUAUUUUCAAUAAAUAAGUUUGAAGACUUGGUAGAGGAUAUUUCAAGUUGCAAAUGAGUUUUUGAAGUAUGUUCUGUUCUGCAUGCAUAUUUGUAUGCCCACAGGAGAAUACACCUAAAUGUUGUAAAAGGUUGUAAACAAGAAAAUAAAGCAAGUUUCUCUCUGAGAGCCAUUAUUAUCUUUAGUCUCACAGCAUCUGCCAUGAAAGUGUGAAUUUAUUCUGCAGUGAAGUGGGUUAUCAGUUGUAACAUGUUUCAGUAUGUGAUGCACAAAUGCAUAGCCAUUAUUAGCUUCAGAAGAUUCUGCUUUUUUCCCUGAUGUGAAUAUAGCAGGGCUAUCUUUGAACAUAAGAAUAUACUUGUCGUAAAAUAGUUCCAAACUGUCUGUUGUGAAGCACAAAGAUGUCUUUAUGCCUCUUUGCCACUUUCCCUCCCUUUAGAUGUUGAUCUCUUUAAUGACAUUUCUCUCUUUUUGAUUUCAGUAAUGGAUGUAACUGACAUAAUUAGUGGGAAAGUAGAUGACGAGGACAAACAACACUUCAUUCCAUUUCAGUCGUAAGUAUAAAGUAAUGCAGUAGUAAUGUCAGAGGAGAUUUCCAGCAAUAUUAUAGUGGAUUAUGACUUUCCAGAUUAGAAUUUAGCUCAGAUGGUUUCCAUAAUGAGAAUGCCAAGAAAGGGAAAAAUAGUACUGUGUAUGGCAGCUAUAAAUAUUACAGCAAAUUAGCAAUAAAGUCACUUAUUUUUAGCCUGUUUUGUUGAGGAAAUUAAUCAGAUAGCUUUGAACUUCUGUGUAGCUUUUUGCUUGUGUAGAUAUUCAUAAGCUGAGGACACAUUGGAUGUAUAAUUGACCUGUAUAGUUCACAAGGAAGCAAUUGUUGCUGCUAUUUCCAGAUUGUUAUUUUAAGAUUUGAUUAGCAAACACUCAAAGUCUGUCCUUAUUACUGUUGUGGGAAAGGAAGCUCCAAUUUAGCUAUAGAGCUCCCCACUUGGAAGGGCUUCCCAUCCAUUUCUCUGGAUGAAAGAAAGGUGCUGUGUGUGUUGGUUGUUCACCUCAACUGAAAUAGAUGGGAGCGCUCACAUAAAGAGCUUAGCAUGCGCAGAAAUGUCUGGACUACAGUCAAGGCCUGAAUAAGAAAUUUAAAUUGACCACAAGUUUCCUAGUUUGUAGAGAUGUUGAGAGCAUUGAGCAGCCAUAGGUACUGAAAUACAUUAUGUUCUCUGGGAAUAAUUAAGGGCAGUGAUACAGAAUCUUGAUGACACAGUGUGAGAAAUGGUUUUGCUUCUUUGGGGGCUUUCAGUAAGCUUACAGGUGAAUGCUUUUGGGCACUUUACUAAAGGUGGAAUUCAGUGUUUCACUUUUCCAAGUGUUCUGUCUGCACAAGCGUUGUAGCUUGCCAUGAUUCCUCUCUCCCCCCCCCCCGCCAUGUGCUGUUCUGAGGGUACUAUUGGGCCCCCCAAGCCAGUUUCCUGGGGGUGGCACAUGGAGGAGGAGAGGAGGUAAAGCCCCACUGUGCACACCUUGCGUGUGGCUUCCACUGACAGGACAGGGUGAAUCCUAAGUCUUUCUGUAAAACCACUUUGAGAUUUCUUUCUACAGUCAAGUAUAUAAAUUUCAUGAAGUAAAUAAAUAAAUCUCCAAAUAAUGCACAUUGUGGACAGUGGUUAUGCAUUGUGUAGGCAUUGGCAAUAUUUUCUUACGCAGUUUGUAAUCAGGUGUACUUUUGGUAACACACGCUGCUUAAAGAAAAAAGCAGUAGACAUAAGAACAUUGAAGUAAGUUUACGUGGAAACCUGGAUAAAAUAAGAAAGUGGGAUGUUGGAGGGCAGAUGAAACAAUAUUCAGUUGCUGGGUCAAUACAGGGUGACAAUUUAUGGGUCCUUCAAAUUUUUUGUUUUUAUAGUAAUUAUGAUUAAUAACAAGUUAAUAAAGUAUUGUAGUUUAAAAUGAAGUUAGGUGUAAUUCAGGGACCCUGGAAGAAGAGUACUUUCCAUUCAUGCUUUGUGACAGUUAUAAGUUAAGCUGCGACAAGUGUAUUGGGAGAUGAGGAUGAACACUGACAAUGCAUAUUUAUGGAUAAAGAAAAGUAGAUAUUAGUGAAAUGCUUACAAGUCUCUUGCUCCAUUAAAUCUGAUUUAUAGCAGUAUGCAUAAAUCAGAAUUUUGAAAGGAUGCAGAAUAAUACGUGCCAAGGUUCUCUUUUCUUUCCCCCUCUCCUCUCCCAUGGUAGAUUAAAAUGUUCUUCAGAAAAACUCUGCAUCAGGAAUGAGCAACGUGCACUGGCGAUGAAUAGCUUUGUCAUUCCCAAUGUUGACUUAAGAGCUGAACAUGCGAAGCAAUUUUUUUCUUACUCAUUUCACGUUGUGCCUUUGUUGUGCCACUUGGCAUUUUUCUUUUCAUAUCCUGGUUAUUUCAUAGCCAGUGAAAUGAAUACAAACACAACGGCUGUCACAUGGCAAUAUGGCGUAGUAGAUAUGAUUUUUCAAAAUGCUGCAUUUCAUUUAUAACUUCAAUUUCAUCUUGUUCAGCCAUAGUAAAAAUGUUUCUUGAAUUUCCUCUUAUUUUCUCCCUUGCUCGAAGCUACUUCUGUGCAUAGUAGCUUUGCUUUUCACCCUUCUGUUAACUCUCAUUAAGCUACGGCUUAAUUCACAUCACUUCUGAAGCUAGUCUCGAGCAUUCCAUGGAGCAGUAUGUUUUACAUUUUGGUGUUUUGUUAUUUUAUAUGUAAUUUCUCAGGCUAUUCAUCUUUCAUCUGCAAACAGAGCUGGGAUCUGGGGUACGUUUCUGGAAUCACAAGUUUGCUUUACUUCUCUUCAUUAGAUUUACUUCUUCCUGAUUAUCUUCUUAUGUCUGUGUUGUUCCCUUUCCUAUCCUUCGUCUGCGUGUUGACUAAUGAACACUCUUUGUCAACUAUGUGAUACGCUCCUCUGUUUCUUGUUACUGUGACUUCUGGUUUUCUGUCCCCCAUCCAUUGUUACCUUUUGGUGUUGGUCAUCAUGUGCAUCCUCCAGGCUAGCCUUGGAUAACGCCAUUCGACACAAGCAGUUGAACAUAUCAUCCCGUUUUUCACCCAGGGUGGCAGGGGAGAAUGAUUUCCUUCAGACUGUAAUAAACAAAGUGAUUGCUGCUAAAGAAGUUAACCACAAGGGUCAGGGUAGGUACUUCACUUUACUUUACACUGUUAGCAUUAGAAAUGAUGUAAUUCCUCCCAUUUUGUCUGAUAACUUUGACAUUGUUCUGAAGGGAAUUGAUUGAAUUGUGUUCAGCAUGGUGACAUUGCCUCUUUUUUCAUGGGCACCUCCUUGCUUCGUUGGGUUACUCAGCUGAUGAAAGUCUUAACUAUUCUUGAUAUAUGCACUUUAGUACUUUUGCACGCAAGUCUUUCCGCCAUUUCGCUAUAACGCGACACAUCUAUCAUUUUAGGGUUGCUCUUUAUAGUGAACAUUUCCAGUUGGGUAGCCGUGUUAGCCUGUUGUGCCAAACGCAACAAGUUCUACUUAAUCUUUUUGAGGUGCUACAAUACUCUGUCCAUGUUUGCUGUUAGUUUCCAAUACCUGCCAUAGCAGGUAUGUGUGCAUUUAGUUUAUAAACCUAUAUACGUAGGGGCCAAAUGUAGCCCUUCAUUAAUCUCUGUUGAGCCUUCAGGACCCUGCGAGGAUAUGCUUCAUCUCCCCUCGCUUGCCUUGCUCUGCACCAUCCUUGAGUGCUUUUGCAUGGCUGGAAUGAGAUGUGAUCCUGCCUGGGUGGAGGAUGAAAAGGUAGAUGUACGCGUGCCCGUCUAAGGUCCUGUUUCCAUUGCUUGAAUGUAGCCUAUUGCAUAAAGAUGUGAAUCAUGGCUUUUUCCCCCAGCUGGAAUUUGCAGGAACUCAGUUCUGGCACCUCUCAGGUGGGCACCAUUGCCAACAAGAGAGGCGUUCAUGGUGAGAAUUGCAUCUGUCGCUUUGUUUCUUCCCUCAGUCACCACAAGCAUUUGACCUUUUUCUUGCAGGUUUGCUUAUGAGGGGGUGUGAAAAGAGUAACCCAACUCCUACUACAUACCUUCUCUAUUCACCUUUUCUAAGGUUCUUCUUUACCAGAUAGUGAUACUUUUCAAGAGUGCAAUCUUUCCCAUUUCUCAUAUAAUAUGAAGUGAAGUGCGGGCAUUAAAUAAAUUAUUGUUAUUAAUAAUAGCAACCCGCCUGGGAUCACUGCACGAUGAGAGAUUCAAGUAAGAAAUAGAAAAGGACUAGUUACACGGCAAUAGAUAAAACUGUGGCAUUCGCUUCCACAUAAUAUGGUGAUGGAUGGCCCCCACUUUAGACGGCUUUAUCCCCAUGCAUUUGUUAAAGCCACCAAUGGCUGCAAUUCCUGUAUUUCCAACAGUAUCUGAGUUGGUGUUCCUCUUAAGUUCCAGUUUCUUAGGACCAUGAAUGGGAGAGUGCUAUGCGCUGACAUCCUGCUUGUGGUACCUGGGUGGCCACUGUGCUAAUCAGGAUGCUGGACAAGGUAGUCCUUUUGUCUGAUUCAGAAGGGCUUGUGUAAUUAGAUGCUCUGUCACCUUAUUACCACCAAAGGUUAAGGAAAUGUUAAGAGAUUGUUUUGCACUUGAAGAAUACCGUUUUAUAAACAGCUUUUUUCUGAACUAAUGUAUUGUACUUAAUGCUACAGGUUUAUGGGUAACGUUGAAGCUUCUUCCGGGAGAUAUUCAUCAGAUAAGAAAAGAAUUCCCUCACUUAGUUGAUAGAACCACAGCUGUGGCUCGCAAAAUGGGGUUUCCUGAGAUUAUUAUGCCUGGUAAGCUUCAACAAAUUCUUGAUCUGAUGCGCUUAAAACAUUGGAGAUGUUGUUAAUGUUCUUUUCUUCAAGGUGAAUAAGAAGCAGUUCAUGGGAAAGUAUGAAUUGACUUGGUUUUGGUUUUUUUAGUGUUUGCGUGAGAUUUGGCUUUAAAAUUAUAUUUUCAAUCUACUUUCAGACUCUUUAUUAAUAAUGUAGUAGCACUAUUGUAAACACUGUGGACUAACUGUGCACAGAUGGUGGAACGUCUAGUUCAUUUUGUUUCAAAACUCAGAUUCCUGGUGUGUUUUGAGUACUUGGGCUUUUAAUGUAUGUUAUAAAUGAAUCUAUGAAGCAAUAAAGGCAGACUUCAAAAGCGGCUCUGUUGCUUGCGUGUCCAAAUGGGCUAUCAAAUGUGUAGCUUAUCCAUUAUUGCAUACAGAUGUGUGAACAUCUUUGCAAAAAUAUUUACUCAGUAUUUGAGAAAUGCUUGCUUUGUUCAUUUAGUCCAGGUUUAUAAGAAAUACAUUUAGGAGCAUUUAUUGAGGAGCAUUUAUACCUUUUCAAUUACAUUUCAUUCAUAAUAACGCCAAAAAUUCUGAAGAUGGGAUCGGCAUUGUAGGAAAGUUAACCAACUGGACCAAGCAAUUGUAUGCAUUUGAGGAGCACAGAAAAUGAUGGCAGAAUUAGGCCUCCUGAGCCAGAAAAGCUGAAGGGAAGGAAGUUGACAAGAAGGUUAGCUGCAAGAGAUAAGAAGGAUAGAAGCAGAGAUAAGAUGCAAAUAUAAGCAAGCCACAAAUGCAGAUUUAAACUCUUCAGGAAAAUAAAUGGAAGGUGACCUGGAGAUAUUUAUAGGUACUCAGGCUCAUUAAGAAUCAAUAAGUAGAAAGCGGUGCUGAGGAAGCCCUUUGAAUAUAGAGAAGAGAAUAGAGCAUUCAACAACAUUUCUUCCAGACUCAAGAAUGGGGCAAGAAGGAAGGGCAGUUCUCAGGAUUCAAAGGCUGCUAGUACUCAAGAAUGCUAAAUCUUGGCAUUCCUUGCUAUGUGCUGUGUUAUCAAGUAAUCCUCUCUGCUUAUGAUCAAAUCAGAAUUUGUUUAGGAAUUUGUCCUUCUUUCUGGUAUAACUCAGUUUCCAUUCUCGUUUAUGAGAGUGCUGCAUCAUUAGGCAUUUUUGUUUGUUAUAUAUGGCAGGCAUUAAUUUAUUCCCAGAGUAGAAUGUGGAUUGGAGCUGAUUUGUCAAAACCAAAAUGUUCUGUUUAUCUUAGAUGAUAAAUUUUGAAACUUUUACCUAAACUUGAGUUGUUUUGAAUACAUGCAGCCUCAAAUCAAAAAGCACACACACACACGAAAUACUAUCUAUUUAUAGAAGUAUUUCUAUACUGUCAUAUCAUGAAAUAUCAAGGUGGUGUUCACUGUAAAAACGUCAAUUUUUUUUUAAAGUACAGGUAAUCAUUAAGGUGCCUGCCUACUUAAAAAUUAAACAGCAGCAAAGGCCUUUUUGCAGAGGAAAGUUUUCAGGAGAUGCCGGAAAGUCAAAAAUUAGGAUGCGUGCCAGAUCUCUGCUGGAAAAGUAUUCCAUAGCACAGGACCGGUGAUGUGAUAUACCCAACUUCUAGUUGAGACCAGUUGGGCAUCUGUAGCACAGGGAGCAACUUGCAGUGCUCAUCUAUAUAAUCUCAGUGAUUAAGCUGGUAUGGAAGGAUUCAGUCUGUUCUUAACAUAUCCCAGAUCUAAAUUAUUCAGAGCUUUGGUAUUAGCACAAGAACCUGGCCUGGAAGCAUAUGAGCAGCCAGUGUAGAUGUUUUAGCAGAGGUGUAACAUACUGUUGUCCAUCUGUCCAGGCACUGCAUUCUGCAUCAGGACGGCCAAGGCUGAUCCUGUCCCCAUAACAGGCCUAAACUCAGAUUGAGGUGGAUUCAAAUAAAGUGUCAUCCAGGAACACUUGCAGCUUUGAGGUGCAGUUGUACCAGGUGUACUUGCAUUUGAAUGCACCCACCCACCACCUAUAUGCAUACCUUAUGAGUAAAUAAAACUUCUACUUCACAACUAAACUCUUAAAAUUUUCAUCGGACAGGAGCCCUAACACAAAAGAGUAGGUUAAAUUAAGAAGAUAUAAAUGAUAGGAAUUUUAAGAUUUGUUUUCUAUUUAUUGAUAGACCGUAAAAUGCUGUACUAAUAGUUUUGCUUUCUUUCUCUUUUUCUCUCUGCCUCAGGUGAUGUCCGUAAUGAUAUCUAUGUAACAUUAGUUCAAGGAGAUUUUGACAAAGGCAGUAAAACCACAGCAAAGAAUGUAGAGGUUACAGUAUCCGUUUAUGAUGAAGAUGGCAAAAAAUUGGAGGUAUGUUGUGUGCUUGUUUAUUUCCCGUGCUAAUUCUAAACCUUUUCCUUAGUGUAUGGCUUAUGACUGGUCAAAAUAGGAUCAAAUAUUGCCAAAUAUUUUGGUAUUUGUAAAGCAUUAAUGUACACCAUCAGAAAAGCAUUUCCUGACUCCAUUAUUUAAUGACCUGGUUCACUGUACACGGCAGUUCUAUGGCAUUGCAGGACUGUGAAAAUAUAUGGACUCCUGGAUAGGAGCUUGCAGCUGCUUUGCUCCAUCCCAGUCCCCUUUGGCUUAACAUGUUUUCUGGAUCAAGACUGGUUAAGCUCUCUCCACACUAACAAUGUACUGUUGCCAAAGUUUGUUCUUGGCUGCAGCUUGUGGCUAGUAAGGAGGGAGCCUAACCAUGGUUGCAAGCUUCUCUCCAGGAAGGAGACUGCACGUUUAUAAGCGUUUCACUAAGCCAUAGUUUGGCUUCCUGUGCUGUGUGAACAGGAACAGCAUGUGUGAACUUGGAACAGCAUGUCAUAUGUUUUAUUUCAGCUAGUACUUCCAGUUCUAUCAAGAGCUGCUGUUUUUUCUAGACUUUAAUACAGACCUCCCUCAGGAACCUUAUGGAGCGGGCAGCUAGAUAACAAGCCGGGAAUACUCGCUGGGUUCUGUGGAAAACAAGAUAGAAUCAUGGGUGGUCAUAUUCAGAGAUUAGUCACUGAUGAUUAUCUGUGCUCCUGUUUGGAGUUGCCUGCAGUUAAAGCAGGUGGUUAGCAGGAGAAGAUUUGCUAUGCUGCUGUGUUUUGUUCUGACGGCUCCAUCUUUAGGGGACAGGAAGCCUCCACUCUGCCAUUGCUAACAAUCAACAGCAUAAUGAAAUGAAAACAAUAAGUUGCCACCCACACAGUGGCAUCCUUGGUUUAGUGGAAUAAAUCUCCUACUGUUGUCAAAUAGUAGACAGUGAAUUGACAGUAUUUGUCUGGUCAGUUGACCCAUAUACCAAUCCCGAUAUUCCUGUAUCUUCUGAGUAUGUCAGAAUAUGUAGGAAACAGUUGUCAGAAUUAACUGUGGAACUUAUUUUUUUUGAAUGGAAGGUUUCUGUUUCAGAUAUGACAAAACCAUUUUCUGCUUAUUGUUUCCCUGUCACCCUGCUGAAGCUGGUGACAUGAAUUUUCAACGUUUCCCCCUUGUGUUUUCUUAUUAAGUGUAACAAUAGCAUUUGUUUAUACAUGCAAGUAAAAAUUAUAUAAUGUGUACUAUUUCCUUCUUUCUUUUUAAAAGAAUGUCAUUUUUCCUGGUGCUGGAGAUGAAGCGCUUUCAGAAUAUAAGUCUGUGAUAUAUUACCAAGUAAAACAACCUCGCUGGUUUGAAACUGUAAAGGUAUGUCCAGUGUUAGGAUUCCUUUUAAAAAAAAUGAGUAAGAGAAUCCAGUUGAUAGACUUGCUAUAUAGCUGUCAGACAAAAGAGGUAUCUAUGCCAGAGAAUGUUUAAAGGUUGCUAAGUAACAACAUAGAUGAAGACAUUGACUGAAUGUAUUUAUCUCCCGGUCUUAUGGCUAAGACAGCUUUGACAGAAUUAUUCCAACAUCUGUCUUUCACCUCUUUUGAAUUAGAAAACUGAACAGUAAAGCAAAUGAUUGCAAUGUAAGAUAAAAAUGUAUUACUGUAAACUGCACAAAAGCACUGUGGAAUUAUUGGGAUUUCUCAUACAUUGUUAAUGAAACUAGAAUUGCAAUAGCAGUUUACCAAAGCAAAUGCUAACUAUUGUAAAAGCAAUGUAUAUUAAUAGUACUAUAAACCCAAAGGAGAACAGUUUCAAAAUUCAGGCCUGGGAUCACAUAUCCCUCCUCCUCCUCCUCCUCCUCCUCCCCCAGCACAGCCUUAAGGAAACUUUUUUUUCAAUUCUAGAUUAAUCACAGCCAACCUAACAGUUCGAAAGCACGCCAGUGCAAGUAAAUAAAUAGGUAACUCUGCAGUGGGAAGGUAAAUGCUGUUUCCGUGCGCUCUUGCUUCCGUUGCGCCAGAAGCGGUUUAGUCAUACUGGCCACAUGACAAACGGCGGCUCCCUCAGCCUGAAGCGAGUUGAGCGCCAAACCCUAUAGUCGCCUUUAACUGGACUUAACUGUCCGGGGGUCCUUUACAUUUACUAUCUUUACUAUGGAUAGUAAAGUCAAACCACAGUUUAUAAAGCUGGCUUAUUUCAACUAUUCAAAGAUAAGAUUAAUAAUUUCUUAGGGUUCAGCAGUUAAUAUGAAAUGAAAAUAGGAACUUUUGGUCUGCUUUUGUGCACAGUGGGAGGGGGAAACAAUAGUCCAGAGCUCAGUUAAGCUUUUCUUGUAACACUAAACUAUGGUUUAGCAUCUUGUCUGAAUGCAGCUAUUUAUGUAUUUGCAUGUGCAUUUGAUGAAGUUACAACCAUAGGGCAUUCUGUCAGAUGGCUGUUGAGUUGGAAGAAAUUUAGUAUCUAGAGAACUAUUUGAUGGCUGGGGAAAAAUGUGAGCAGAACACAUGGAUUCUGGAUACAGUGGAACUUUGGGUUGCAAACGUGAUCCAUGGGGGAGGAACGUUUGCAACCCGCACCGUUUACAACCUGCAGCGCUGCGUCUGCACACGCACGGGUCGCAAUUAGGUCUUCUGCGCAUGCGCAAAGCGCGAUUUCGUGUUUCUGCGCAUGAGCAAGUGCCGAAACCCGGAAGUAACCUGUUCUGGUACUUCCGGGUUCGGCGCAGUGCACAACCCGAAAUCGCAUAACCUGAAGCGCCUGUAACCUGAGGUACCACUGUAUAAAGAAUCGAAAGAAUAUCUGAAUUCUAUUAACAAAAGCGGGGGCCACUAGGGGGCGCAUCAGAAGAUGGCUGACAAUAACAUCUCUCCGACCCACACGAGGUAAUUUGGAGGCUAUGAUGGGAGUAAUUAGCCUCCCUACCCCCCCCAGGAUGGUGGGGGGGACUGCCCUUGCCUGCUGUGCCCUAUACCACCCCCGAAUUUGUGGGGAUGGGGGCACUAGGCACAAAGCCCUCCUGUGGGAUUUUGGCGCUCCUGGACGCCGUCUCUGAUCCGUGGCACUAGCUGCAAGAACUUCGAAAGAAACAAUUUGGAUGAAGUGAAUGCACAUAUUUCAAGGAAGGAGAGGGAGUAAAGACUGCUAACAGAAGAGAUCUCUGAUAAAACAAGACGAGUCGGAGGAACAUGUAUAGAUUAUGAGAAGAUACGCCAAGACUCGGUAUGGUAAAGGGACUGAUGACUGAUGGGGGAGAAAAACACUUUCCUUUCUUUCCUUAUGUGAUUAAACAAGAAUCCCCUCCCCUCACAAGUCAGAAAUGUCAUUUUAAGGACUUAAGCUGUGGAUUUAAGGCUGUGUGGAGAUAAACUUUCAAACCAAAGCAUGUUUUAAGAAGAGCGUGGAAUGUAUAAGGGCUUUGGAAUGACGCAGUUAAAAAUGCCGUCACCAUAUUGGGAAGUUCUGUCGGAGGACUUAAGUCUGGGAGGAGAAAUAGAGAAAUAGAGCUGUUUUUAUAUUGUGGGUGAAACUCCUCAGAGGGACUUAAGAACGACAGUUCUGUAAUUAAUGAUGGAAAGAGCGAUGUUAUCUAUGAAGGCGAUGAUAUAUGGAAACCAUCUCGAUUUGAGGAUUGGAAGAACAGAAAAAUUCACACAGGAUUCUUAUUGGUGUUUAUCGGCUUAAGGAGACUAUCAGAAGAGAUCAUAAAGAAAAAAGAGAAAAUAUAUGAACAAGAUGUGAUGUGGAAACAGCAAGAUAAGACUGGAUAGAAUUAUGAACUCUGUUUGGACUGAUUUGGACAUUAAAGCAGUAGCAAGAAGAUGAUCAGAAUCCCCCUUCGGAUCUUGAAAUAUGGGUCCCCUCAACAACAAAAUUUAAAAUUCGGCUUUGUAAUUCGGAAUUUAUGUGAUGUGAAUUUGAUUUGAUUGGCCGGUUAAUAAAAAUUAUUUUUUUAAAAAAAGAAUUCUAUUAACAAAAGCAGGAGGUCCAGGGGCUUGACAGCAGUAGGUUUCUGUGGGAACCUUUUAUGGCAGUAAGAUUUGUGCUCAGUCCUGUGGAAGGAAUGAAGGAAAAAGUAAUCGAAAUGGUGAAGCGGAGUUAGAAUAGAAGCAGCCAAGUUUUGGCAUGGAAGUGAAGGAAUGUAUGUGUAGCACUGGAAAAGCAGAAUGUAGGUAGUCAAGGCAACAGGCUUGUCAUAGAAAACUGCCUUUUAUCAAGUCAGACAAUUUGUUCAUCUAACUCUGCAUUAUCUACCCUGACCGGCAGCAGAUCUCCAGGAUCAUAGACAAAGAACCUUCUGCGUUCAAAGCAUGUGCUCUGCCACUGCUGUGUGGCAGCUCCAAAGCUUUAGCUGUAGGUGUUAAUCCCUAUGGGGAGGUAGAUGUGGCACAUUAUAGCGGGAAAAUGUCCUUGAUGGCAUUGAAGAGGGACUGAUACUAAAUAAUAGUGCAAAUUAACCUUUGGCAACGCCCAGGAAGCCACUUGGGUGUUACACAUGGCAGGUGCCUUAACUUCACUUCCUGCACAGUGGGUUCCCCUCCACCCACUUUCUCUGCAUUUUAAAAGGAAUAUCUAACAUCUGCAGAUACUGCUUUUGAGGCAACAAAGGCACAAACUAAGGGAUUUAAACCUCUUUCCCCAUCUUGGAAGUACAUCUGAAGUUGGAUGAUCUGAUUUUUCUAGUGAAUAAAAUCUCAGUUAGGUGGCAAAAAUGGUGCAUUAGAAAAAAAAUUAUAAUAUGAAAGAGUGAGGGUGAUAACGUGUGCUAAACAAAUGCAAUCUUACAUGGAAACAAAUCUGCAUAGGGUUAUUUAUACUUACAUGAAGUGUUCUGACAUUUGGGCAGGGGAUAGUAUAUUAUGAAAUAGGGAUGUGAUAAAUGAAGAGAAACAGGUGAAUAGGAAGGGCAAAUGUUGGUGAGACAAAAGUUAAAUUGAAUUGACAGUUCUUAUACAUAUGGACAGCAACAAAACUGAGCUGCUGGAUCAAAGAGUGCGUAUAUGGAUUGAUGGAACAGGUGUGAUGUAAAUGUCAAGGUAGACAAGGUGAACAUAGCUCCCAAAAUUGAGGAGCGUCAAAACACUAGAAUCUGUCUGGCCUGCUUGUGACUGCUGUAAAGUUCUGCAGCAAAUGAUAGCACUCAUUCCUUAUUGGUUUGUAGAGCUGAAAGCUGACAGUGUGAGGUAUUAUUUUAUUUCCCCCUCUGGUAUUAUCAGGCUUUAAGGCAUGGAAGGAAGGCCUGCUCCAUAUCCCUGAGUUAUACUUCUGGGUACAGUAUCAAAACAAUAUAGAAUUACAUCUCAGGCUGUGCUUUAAGCCAUCCAGUGCUCUGAUCUGGAGGAAAGGCAAGAUGGAACGAAGUAUAUUUGUUUUGGUAUUAUAGCUCAAACAAGUGGUCUUAGUUUAAUAUAUUUUUCAAGGUGGGCAUUCAGAAAUGAUUUCACAGCUUGUUGUCUUAGCGCAGUUGUGCUUGAAUCAUGAGUAUGUUGUUCUGAAGGGGGCUCACCUGCGUCCCGACCUUUUAACUGAUGUCCCAGACUGAGUUAGGACAUAGUUGAGCUGAUUCAUUUUAACUGACUUUUCCAGACUCUACAUUGCAUUGUGGAACAAAGUUAUGUGUUUAUUUUGUUAAAUGAAAAUUUCCACACUAUUUCCAUUAAAAAAAAACACAUGCUCAAGGCAGCUUAUAACGUGCAUUUUUUAAAACAACAACAACAACAUUAAACUGAGAAGAAUUAAAAACCAGCAACAGGAAACUCUAAAACAAGAUCCUGUAAAAGCAUUCAGAAAAAUCAACUAAAGGGAUAGAACCACUAAAAUAGAAGCUGAAAGGAGCAAACAUGAUUUUACCUUGUGCCUAUAUGCUAUAUGGGGAGAUCCCAAGUGGGCUGAGUCCAAAGUCAAAGUUAUACCUCAGUAAAAAGUUAAUAGAUGGUCUUGGUCAGUUUCCCCCUAUAUUCCAUAAAAGUACUGGUGGUAUAAGGGACGCAGGUGGCGCUGUAGUCUAAACCACAGAGCCUAGGGCUUGCCGAUCAGAAGGUUGGCGGUUCGAAUCCCCGCUACGGGGUGAGCUCCCGUUGCCCGGUCCCAGCUCCUGCCCACCUAGCAGUUCGAAAGCAUGUCACGUGCAAGUAGAUAAAUAGGUACUGCUCUUGCGGGAAGGUAAACAGCAUUUCCGUGUGCUGCUCUGGUUCACCAGAAGCAGCUUAGUCAUGCUGGCUACAUGACCCGGAAGCUGUCUGCGGACAAACACCAGCUCCCUCAGCCUAUAGAGCGAGAUGAGUGCCGCAAUCCCAGAGUCGUCCACAACUGGAUCUAACGGUCAGGGGUACAUUUACCUUUACCUUGUGGUAUACAGGACAGGUUGUUUCUUUAAAGUUAUGAAAAAUCACAUUUUUUUGCUCUGUAAAUAAUAAUGCAUUGAAUAAGACUGAUGCUGUUUUUCUGUUUACUAAUGCAGUCUCUAAAACUGCAAUAAGUAUUUAAAAAACAUACUUGAAAAAAACUUUUUUGAAAUAGCUGCAUAGCUAUUUACAUGCCUUCUUCAUUGCAUCAGAUUUGCGGCAAGUGGAGAAUGCCUGCAGGCAAGGAUGCUGAAAAGUUUUUAUAACUUAGAAUCUAUCUCUUCCAAGUUAUAAAAACUUCUCUGUCUUUUCAACUGCACUUUAAUUACAAUCUUGUCUUGUUUUUUAUGUUUUUAUAAGCUUUGUUGCCCACCACCUUGAUAUUUUAUGAGAGUUGGUAGUGUGUAAAUAUUUUUACAAAUAAAUUUAUGUGUACAUUUUCUUUUGUGAAGGUUGCAAUUCCCAUUGAAGAUGUAAACCGCAGUCACUUAAGGUUUACCUUUCGGCACAGGUCAUCCCAGGACUGUGAGUACUUCUCUCCUGCUCAUUUUACUUGUAGUGUCUGUGUUUACUUUAAGGAAGUCUCUGUUUAAUUUUUAUUAAUGAUUUAGAGUCCUUUUUCUUUCUGAAUUUGGGCCCUUUCCCUCUGACCUCACUUUAGCUGACUUUUGCUAUACUUUCCUCCCCUUUGCAUUUCCACAAGUGAGUCAGUUGUCAACAGUGGGUGCUGGCAGGUAA